GGUGGGUGUGGUCUGACGGCGGCCGGGGGAGGAGGUAACAUGGCGGCCGGGAUUGGCUGCUGUAGGAGGCCGGGUAUGAUGGCUGCGCUCGGAGCUCGGGCUCUGUGGAUGCUCUUUGUGGCCGGAUUUGGUGUCACCGCCGCCGGGAGGCAGAACCUGCAUAUACCCGCAGAAUGGCGCGAGCCGGGGCAGCUUACUGUCACUGUCCCCGAGGGGCCAACGGGGGCCACAGACCGCAGGAGGAGGAGCCUGGAGCCAAUUACUGAGCCCCCCAUCCAGGUGUACGGACAGGUACUAUACAGAGACCCCAUCCAGGUGUACGGACAGGUACUAUACAGAGACCCCAUCCAGGUGUACGGACAGGUACUAUACAGAGACCCCAUCCAGGUGUACGGACAGGUACUAUACAGAGACCCCAUCCAGGUGUACGGACAGGUACUAUACAGAGACCCCAUCCAGGUGUACGGACAGGUACUAUACAGAGACCCCAUCCAGGUGUACGGACAGGUACUAUACAGAGACCCCACCCAGGUGUACGGACAGGUACUAUACAGCGACCCCAUCCAGGUGUACGGACAGGUACUAUACAGAGAGACCCCACCCAGGUGUACGGACAGGUACUAUACAGAGACCCCAUCCAGGUGUACGGACAGGUACUAUACAGAGAGACCCCACCCAGGUGUACGGACAGGUACUAUACAGAGACCCCCCCCAUCCAGGUGUACGGACAGGUACUAUACAGAGAGACCCCAUCCAGGUGUACGGACAGGUACUAUACAGAGACCCCCCCAUCCAGGUGUACGGACAGGUACUAUACAGAGAGACCCCAUCCAGGUGUACGGACAGGUACUAUACAGAGACCCCAUCCAGGUGUACGGACAGGUACUAUACAGAGACCCCAUCCAGGUGUACGGACAGGUACUAUACAGAGACCCCAUCCAGGUGUACGGACAGGUACUAUACAGAGACCCCAUCCAGGUGUAUGACAGUACUAUACAGAGACCCCAUCCAGGUGUAACGGACAGGUACUAUACAGAGAGACCCCCAGGUGUAACGGACAGGUACUAUACAGAGACCCCCAUCCAGGUGUAAUGGACAGGGUACUCAUGCACAGAGACCCCAUCCAGGUGUACGGACAGGUACUCAUACAGAGACCCCAUCCAGGUGUGUACGGACAGGUACUAUACAGAGACCCCCAGGCAAUGGACAGGUACUAUACAGAGACCCCCAGGUGUACGGACAUGUACUAUACUGAGCCCCAUCCAGGUGUGCAAAAAUGGACAGGUACUAUACAGAGACCCUCAGGUGUAACGGACAGGUACUAUACAGAGACCCCCAGGUGUACGGACAGGUACUCAUACAGAGACCUCCCCCAGGUGCACGGACAGGCACUAUACAGAGACUCCAGGUGUACGGACAGGUACUAUACAGAGACCCCCAGGUGUACGGACAGGUACUAUACAGAGACCUCCAGGUGUACGGACAGGUACUAUACAGCGACCCCACCCAGGUGUACGGACAGGUACUAUACAGCGACCCCAUCCAGGUGUACGGACAGGUACUAUACAGAGAGACCCCACCCAGGUGUACGGACAGGUACUAUACAGAGACCCCCCCCAUCCAGGUGUACGGACAGGUACUAUACAGAGAGACCCCAUCCAGGUGUACGGACAGGUACUAUACAGAGACCCCCCCAUCCAGGUGUACGGACAGGUACUAUACAGAGAGACCCCAUCCAGGUGUACGGACAGGUACUAUACAGAGACCCCAUCCAGGUGUACGGACAGGUACUAUACAGAGACCCCAUCCAGGUGUACGGACAGGUACUAUACAGCGACCCCACCCAGGUGUACGGACAGGUACUAUACAGCGACCCCAUCCAGGUGUACGGACAGGUACUAUACAGAGAGACCCCACCCAGGUGUACGGACAGGUACUAUACAGAGACCCCCCCCAUCCAGGUGUACGGACAGGUACUAUACAGAGAGACCCCAUCCAGGUGUACGGACAGGUACUAUACAGAGACAGGUGUACGGACAGUACUAUACAGACCCCAUCCAGGUGUACGGACAGGUACUAUACAGAGACCCCAUCCAGGUGUACGGACAGGUACUAUACAGAGACCCCAUCCAGGUGUACGGACAGGUACUAUACAGAGACCCCAUCCAGGUGUACGGACAGGUACUAUACAGAGACCCCAUCCAGGUGUAUGGACAAGUGUGUAAUGUCAGGAAUCUUUCUUCUGUGACAGACUGCUUUUAUUAAUGUAAUAAUGUGAAUGUUUUGCUCUAAUUAAUGCAAUUUUGGGGGAAUAUUUGGCAGGGCUAUUUCUAUCUUGUUCUGACUGGUUGGUUGCACUUGUAAUGAUGGGAAUGGGCUUUUAUCAUAAAAGAUUUUUUUUGUAGCCCUUAGUUACAAUUAUGUUGCCAGACUCCUUGUUACUACAUUGCCCCAGUGAAAGAGGUAUGAGGUGUCUCUGACGAAGUGCUGCUAUGAAUGCACAGUGAUGAGUAUUAUUCCACAUCUAUCAAAAACAGAGAAAUGAAGGCUUUCACCGUGUCUUGGUGAUAAUUUUGAGCUGUGCGGUGUCCCCUGGUACCUCUCACAAUGCUGUCUGGGGGUGAUGCACGGACCGGUUAUCCAUCCUCUCCCUAUAAAAAUGAUUGGCAUAACCGUUAUUUUGGUAAUUCUGGGAAGAGGACCCAACACACAUUUAUUUAUUUCCCCUCUCUGGGCUCUUCCGUCUGUCUAAUGCAAUGGUGUGCCCUUGAUUUUUAGCUGAAAUUUUUCCGGUUCCUACUUCUGCCACCUCAGAUUGUGCCCGUUGCAUGAAUCUCCUAGCAAGUUGCCUGGUUUCCUGGUACCAACGCCAUGUACGUCAAUUUGAAGAUGCGUUAGAGAGCUAUUUAUAUUUCUGUGUGAUGACUAUUUGGUACCUCUAUAACCGUUUUACAUUGAAUACUCGUGUUCUCAUUUUAAAUAUUUGUUCCUCUCAUUGCGUCACCAAGUUGCGUUUUGACCCCGGAAACAGGUUUUGAGUGCCCAUAUUGUGUUUUUUGCGGCCGGUAGUGUUUGUAAAAUUAAACUCUAUUUUUCAUAUUUCUUUUCAGCAUGGGAUGUGAGACAAAACACUGACUGUUCAUGACUGUUCCUGAACGGUUAUUUUGUUUUGACAUAAAUAGAUGUUUGAUUUAAUGUCUUGGUGCGUUGUUAAGUAGUAUGUUUUUGUUUUUCAAGGAGCACUGCAAGUUAACUGGCUUGUUCCCCUUGUCUUAUCUCUCAAGUGUUGUCAAAAUUGUCACUUUUAAAAAGUCCUUUUGUUGCGUCGUCUAGGAUGUCAGAGAACCUGACUUGUUUCUUGCGCCGUCCCAGCGAAGAUUUAGCUUCCCAGCGAAGAUUUAGCUUCCCAGCGAAGAUUUAGCUUCCCAGCGAAGAUUUAGCUUCCCAGCGAAGAUUUAGCUUCCCAGCGAAGAUUUAGCUUCCCAGCGAAGAUUUAGCUUCCCAGCGAAGAUUUAGCUUCAAUGGUUCCCACUAUUCAUGCUCCUCUGGAGAAAAGCUUUGACUGGAAUAUGGUCUCUUCAAAACUAUGAAUAUUGUUUUUUUUUAUUUUGUUUUGUUUUUUUAAACCGUGAUGUGGAGGGACUCUAAAUCUACACCAAUAGUACACAUUGACAUGUGAAAUAAAACAUUUUUUUUUUUUUUUUUAAUAACCUUGGAGUAUCCCUCUUAGCUUUCGUGAAUGUCUAGCUUAAGACACAAGCCCUGGUAACAAUGCUGGUCUAUUUACGCUAAUAACUAGGGUUGCAGUUGGUAAAUAACUUGACUGUUUGAGCUGGUUUGUUACCUGCUUCACUGUCGACGCUGCCCUUCGUUUCCAGAUUAGAGUCUCCAUUUCUGUAUUUGUUUUCUGUCUGCAAAGAUAAUGAAUAUUUACAGAAGUUUGAUUAGUAAAUGUCUGUCCUGGAAAAUAUGCCUUAAAUUGCAAACUGGGGUUUGUUGUCAAACUAAUGUGCAGGAGAUUAUACAGAAUGUGUUCUACGGCUCAUUCUCUCUAUCAGUUUGGGGCAUGAUUAUACAGCUGUUCUAGGUCGUCGCCCCAUUCACAGCUUCAAGGGUUACCAAUAUUUAUUCAUUAUAUGAUUUUUGUUAAACGUAAGACGUUUUCAGACACAAUGGGUGAGGAAAUGCUAAAAGAUUAGAUUGCCUGAGAGCCACAGGGAACAGUUGUUUAAAUCGCCUGUCUGUGUCCGGGCCACAUCUGGGCACCCCAAAGGUCUGUGUCCGGGCCACAUCUGGGCACCCCAAAGGUCUGUGUGCGGCCACAUCUGGGCACCCCAAAGGUCUGUGUCCGGGCACCGCAAAGAUCUGUUUCCCGCCACACGAAUGAGAAAAAUAUAAAUUAUGUAGGGUUUGUAGCUGUAAAAUACUAUUCAGGCAUUUUAAAAAAAAUCAAGGAAUCUGACCGGCUCCAGCAACAUACCCCUCUAACUCUUCCUCCCUGGAGUCUUGCACAAAUCACGUCUUGCAGGGAAGCUCAGCCAAUCAGGAAAGCCAGUCUGGUGCAUAGCAGUAAAUAUAUUUCUCUUUAAAUGCCUUACAAAUAACGGCUACACCAGUUUUUUUUGUUUUGUUUUUUUUUUGCUGUCAUUGAAGAGGUUAUUCUGUUUUAAUGUGAUUUUGUGCAGUGACUCAGAUGGCUGGUUGAUAUUUGAAGCAGACAAAUAAUUGAGGACAUCUUGUACCUGAGCGCCUCCAGCCAAAUAGUUAAUUGAGUGAAUGCUCGCCAAAGUGGAUUGGCAGAUCUACUGUGGCUUUUAGGGAAUUGAUGUUGUUAAACGUGCUGCUGGGCAGGACAUGAAAAGUGCUCGCCUGACACAUGUACAGCGCUACGGAAUUUUGCUGGCACUAUAUAAAUAAUAAAAUGUACAAUUUAUACGCUGCAGGAGGGAACCUUAUACCCGUUAAUCCAGUCUGUGACUGAAAGCUACUUUCACUACUCUUGAUUGUAAGCUCUUUUGAGCAGGGUCUGUUGUUCCUGUUACAUUUUGUAAUUCUCAUUUAUUGUUAAAAUUCCCCUUUUAUAAUAUUGUACAGCGCUGCAGAAUAAGUUGGUGAUAUAUAUAUAUAUAUAUAUAUAUAUAUAUAUAUAUAUAUAUAUAUAUAUAUAUAUAUAUAUUAUUUUAAUAUUAUUAUUAAAAUAAAAUAAUACUGAAUCCCUGGUGGUCCAGUGGCAUUGGCUGUUUAGUGGGGGGUUGACAGAGAGCUGUUACUUACCUUCCUGCGAGACUUACACUGUGAGCAGAACGGAGCUGACAGAGGAGCUGCACGCAGGAGAAGGGAGCUGACAGGAGCUACAGGAAGGUAAGUAACAGCUCUCUGCCAGCCCCCAACAGGACCGCCAGGCUUGUAAUGAGCCCGCCGGUCCUGGUCUGUAUUGUGGCAAUGUAAAUUGCCAUAAUACAGACUGACUCGAGUAUAAGUGCUACUUGUACUUAUUGCCCUAUAACUUUCAAAAAAAAGGGACACUAAAGUCACCAGAACAAUGAAUUGGUCUGGUGUGUAGAAUAAUUACCUUCAGGCUUUUUGUUGUAAACACUGUCUUUUCAGAGAAAAUGCAGUGUUACAUUACAGCCUAGUGAUAACUUCACUGGCCACUUCUCAGAUGGAUGUUAGAGAUCCUUCCUGGGUCAUGGCUGCCUAAAAUGCAUCCAAACAUUCAGUAUCUCCUCCCUCUGCAUGCAGACACUGAACUUUCCUCAUAGAGAUUAAUUGAUUCAAUUCAUCUCUAUGAGGAGAUGCUGACUGGCCAGGGCUGAAAGAGCUUCAAAGUCUAGACCACCUCCACAAUACUCCGCAGUGUUUGUAGUGCGCCUGUAGCCUCCACAAUAUACAGUACAAUACUCCGCAGUGUUUGUAGUGCGCAUGUAGCCCUCACAAUGUGCAGUUCAAUACUCUGCAGUGUUUGUAGUGCGCCUGUAGCCUCCACAAUGUGCAGUACAAUACUCCGCAGUGUUUGUAGUGCGCAUGUAGCCUCCACAAUGUGCAGUACAAUACUCUGCAGUUGUUUUAGUGCGCAUGUAGCCUCCACAAUGUGCAGUACAAUACUCAGCAGUGUUUGUAGUGCGCCUGUAGCCUCCACAAUGUGCAGUACAAUACUCUGCAGUGUUUGUAGUGCGCCUGUAGCCUCCACAAUGUGCAGUACAAUACUCUGCAGUGUUUGUAGUGCGCAUGUAGCCUCCACAAUGUGCAGUACAAUACUCAGCAGUGUUUGUAGUGCGCCUGUAGCCUCCACAAUGUGCAGUACAAUACUCUGCAGUGUUUGUAGUGCGCCUGUAGCCUCCACAAUGUGCAGUACAAUACUCUGCAGUGUUUGUAGUGCGCAUGUAGCCUCCACAAUGUGCAGUACAAUACUCUGCAGUUGUUUUAGUGCGCAUGUAGCCUCCACAAUGUGCAGUACAAUACUCAGCAGUGUUUGUAGUGCGCCUGUAGCCUCCACAAUGUGCAGUACAAUACUCUGCAGUGUUUGUAGUGCGCCUGUAGCCUCCACAAUGUGCAGUACAAUACUCUGCAGUGUUUGUAGUGCGCAUGUAGCCUCCACAAUGUGCAGUACAAUACUCAGCAGUGUUUGUAGUGCGCCUGUAGCCUCCACAAUGUGCAGUACAAUACUCUGCAGUGUUUGUAGUGCGACUGUAGUCUCCAAAACACGCAGUACAAUACUCCGCAGUGUUGGUAGUAAGCCUGUAGCCUCCACUGUAGUGGAAUGGAGAACUCCAAUAUACUUUUAUACCCUUUUGUUCUGCUGUCCGUAUGCCUCGUUCGUUUACCGAACCCCCUCACUGUGUGACCCCUUGCACCUUCACAAUUACUGACCACCCUUGGCUGUUAACCACAAUUGGUUAUUAGUUCCUCCACAAUACGCAGUUCAAUACUUCGCAGUGUUUGUAGUUCUCUGUGUGUCCCUUUUAAAGAUUACUUAAUGUAGCUGGAAGGAACCAGUCUUUCGUAAUUGUUUAUAUAACACGUUCAUCAUCAUGGGUGUUGGUUGUGGUGUUAAUCACAAGAGCAAGAAAACUGUCAGUUUAUACAUAAUAAUACAUCAUCCAUCUUUUAUAGCAGUGAGUCAACGCGCCUUCUGUACAAUGGGUUCCACUUUAUAAAAUAUUUUAUUCUGUGCUUUGCCUCUAUGUUUUCUGUGACUCCACUAUAUAUAUUUUAUAUAUUUACUACACUAUAUAUUUAUAUAUAUUUAUUGGCAGUUAGGUAAAUACCUUGUGCUCCAUCGUUGGCCUAUGGAACAUCUCCAGCAAUUUGAAUAGCAAAAGUAAGACUUGGUUUUUGUUUUGUUUUUUUAAUUGAAGGGCUGAAUUAGAACCCCUGAAAAUAACAGCUGAAUAUUAAAACCAUUCUUAAAGCAUUGGUACAUAGAUUUAAAAAGUGCAGCAGUCACCGUGGCAACAAGUGGGAUAUUCCUGCUGAUUGGUCCAGGUUUGAAACGUUAGCCUCAUUUGCUUGUUGUGUAGAACACUUGUUAAGAAGGAUGCAGGAGCUAUUUUAACAUUUAGCCACGCCCACAGCGCAUUUGAUCUGGUGAUCUAGGUAACUACAGGUUGUGUGAUAGUUUGGGGUUGCUCCUCAUUGGAUCUUCUUGUGUGGGGGGGAGGUGGAGGGGGUUUGUCAUCUGAAAUAUUGUAACUUUUUUCUUUGAACCCAUUAUUUAUUUUAAAAAGUAUCAUUGUAUGGGUUUAUUUGUUUCCUUUGCAGGUCAGUCUGAAUGAUUCUCACAAUCAGAUCGUUGUACAUUGGGCCGGCGAAAAAAGCAAAGUGAUCGUUGGAUUAACCAGAGACAGUCAGACGUUCUCAGGGACUAAGAGCAGUAAUGUAAGUUAUGUUUUGUUAGCAGGCAUUUCCUGUUACUGAUGGCACAGAUAUCCCACAUUACCUAUUCUCGUGAUAGUACGAAUGAAAGCUUCACUGAUGUUGUGCUGCGAGAUAGAAUGAAAGCGAGGAUUGUUUGACGUUGCGUUAUGGCUGAUCUGUGGCUGCUAUGGCUCCGGAGCUCUGUGUGAAAACUCUGCCCAUAUAUGUCCAGAGAGAGUAUUUUAAUUUAAAGGAUCACUAUAGUGUCAGGAAAACAAACUCGUUUUCCUGACACUAUACAACCUUUAGGUCCGCCCCCCCUCCCUUGGCCCUUGAGUUACUUACUUUAAUCCAGUCCCAGGCUCCCUCUGCGCUGGUGACCUCUCCUCCCUCCCACUCCGACGUCGUUCCCGAGUGGAGCAGAAUGCGCAUGCAGGGCAAGAGCCGGUUGCGCAUUCAAACAUUCUGCUGCUUUGUUUACAUCUGAAGGGUUAAAACCUGGGGGACCUGGCAUCCAGACCACUUCAUUGAGCUAAAGUGGUCUGGGUGACUAGUGUCCCUUUAACGAGCAGUCUAUGUGCAGAUUGUGACAUUUGGAACAAUUUCUGCUUUUACCGCCAGAAUUAAACUACAUGUUGCUUCCUUGGAAACUGCAAGUUUUUCAUGGUACAUGUGAUAAAUAUUUUUCUUUCCAGUCCUUUUAAUAUUGGGCUACCCACUGAAGUGUGAAUCUAAAAACAGCCGAUAUAAAAACUCACUUAAAGGACCUUUUCACUUUGGCUAUUUUGUUCUAAAAUGUGAAAUCCUCUUGAAUUCCAAAGCAUUCACGUGUUGGUGCAUGAAACAAUGAGUAAUAAUUACAAAUCGGUUCUGAUAUUGAUCUUCAUGAAAAACAUUGAUUUGAUUAAAUCAGGGACUACUGUGAGAUUGGAAAUGUUUAUCUAAAAUAGCCAAUUGUUAAAGGACCACUAUAGUGCCAGAAAAACAAGCUUGUUUUCCUGGCACUAUAGUGUUAAUAGGUCUCCCCUCCCGCCGGGCUGAAGUAGGAGGAAGGGGUUAAAAUCUUACCUUUCUCCAGCGCUGGGGACUCUCCUCCUCCUUCCGACGUCAUCGGCUGAAUGCGCAUACGCGGCAAGAGCCGCGCGCAUUCAGUCAGUCCAUAGGAAAGCAUUUUCUCAAUGAGACCGCCACUAGAGGCUGGAUUAACCCAUAUGUAAACAUAGCAGUUUCUCUGAAACUAUGUUUACAGCAGGCAGGGUUAACCCCAGAUGGACCUGGCACCCAGACCGCUUCAUUAAGCUGAAGUGGUCUGGGUGCCUAUAGUGGUCCUUUUGAAAGUUCUCCAACUCUGCUAGUUGUCCAGGCUGGCUGUGUUUAAUUUGUAUUGUCUGGUGUUUCAGAGUUGUAAUAAUACCCCCUUGUGGUACCACCGCAGUUAGUUUAUAGUGGGUAUUCAUGUACCCGCUGAGUGACCCCUGGCACAUAAGGGUGUGUGGUCAAAUGUCGUUCAAUGGCAAUGUCUGUACCCUGGCCCCCCAGGGGCCGGACUGGGAAGUAAGUUUGUCCCACUGAAAAGGGGGCGGGGACAGGUAGGGUGUGUAUUCUCAAUAUAAACUUAAAAAAUAAGUUUAAAAAAAACAAACAAACAUUGAUUGUAUUUUCCCCCUUCUUCCCUUUAGCCUGGGGGGACCGUGGUGCUGCCAUCCCUGUGGGGCUAGCGUUCAUUCUUGCGAAACCCAGAGCGUUUCCAUGGCAAUGCUCUGGAUCUUGCGAAAGGAACCCGGCGAAGCUGCAAGAUAGAGCUCCUACUGGAUCCUCUCCUGGCUGUCUCCCUCCCCAGCCAGCGGCCGUAUUUCACUGCAUGUGGGCUGGUGAGGGAGAUCUUUGAUAUUCCAGUGUGGCCGGCGCUUGGAUGGACCAGACGUGGAGAUCCUGUGAUCUCCCCUGCCGGCCUCAGCCCAUGUACAUAGCAUUUUCCUGAUGUGCCCGAUGGCCGGCCUGGGCCCCACUGAAAUACCAUGGCUACACCUGGUUUGCCCAGCUGUGGUGACCUAGUGCACAGGUUUGGAAGAUUGUCCUUCUGAUCAUCAAGUGGUCUGUCUGUCUGUCGUUCGGUCUGGCCACUGGUGAGAUUAUACCGUGGCAAUCUGGAUCAACAGCAAAAAACAGAUGUGAGGAAGGAUGCAGUUGAUGGACACAUGUCUCUUUUCAGCCCAUGUAACUAUCUCCAGGGCAUGCCACCUCCCUGGUCUCCAUAGAAACCGAUUAAUGGUUGGUGCAGACUGUAAUUACUGCCAUUACUACCUGUAAUCUCUUGUUGCAAGGAAGCUUUAAAACUCUGUUAGCUGAAAGAAAUGGGAAACGAUAAAAAUAAGAGUGGGUGAUGUGAAUGUAAUAAUGACUUGUCACCCAACAGUCCCAGACCCAACGGGGCAGUCCCAUUUUGGAGCUGGUGUGCUGGGUUAGGGCCCUUUGGGAUUUUGCUCCUACAGGCUUCGGAGAUGUAACUCUGGCCUUGCUCACACCUCUUUGUUUUUCUCUUUAUUUUUUUUAUAAUUAUUUAUAUUUUUUUAAUUGGUGUCUGUGAGAUUGGUUAAUGUUUUGUUUAACCACACAGCAUUUGCACUUUUAACGAUAUUGACUUUCUCUGGUCUGCCUGCUGUUUGGAUCAGGUGGCGUUGUGAUAAGUGCAGGUUACACUGCAAUCAGUGUUUAGCCUCAGGUCAGGGUUUCUGGUAAACAUGCAGACGCGUCUGUACAGAAAACCUGUUUUUCAUUUACAUAGAGAGACCUGUCUGAACUGUAUUCCUGAUUUGUCAAUGCUGGCUGGGGGUGAUGUAAGAUGCUGCUCAGCAUUAAAAAUGUCUGAAUACCAGUUUCUCAAAAUAUCGUAUCUUGAUCAUCUGGUUUCACUUUUAGCUGCACAGGAACUAAGCUGCAGUAGAUGUGUAUCAGUAAAAACCGCUCCCUACCUUCCAACCUGUGUCUGAGCAGCUCUCCAAAUGAACAGGGUAUUUACUGCAGCGAUCAACAUGUUUAACUCUUGACUGCAUGCGCGAGUGAUUCUGUGCAGGACCUAAGGCUCUCUUACAAUCCCAUUGUACAGCGCUACGGAAUCUGAUGACGCUAUAUAAUAUAAUAAUAGAACACAAUUUUUGGGAGUUAACCCAUUAAGGACACAGGCAAUUGUCCAAAUUCUGAACCAAAACAAAGAAUUUACGCUAUGUUUGUGUUCAACAAGGAUUUAAGGUUUUCUCUCUAAUUGGCCCCAUUUAUAUUCUGUAUUGUUUUUUAAAGGGCAGAAAUGGAUUUCUAUGUAUAGCCGACACAACAUUAAAGGGACACUAUAAGCAUCCAGCAAUUGUCAUUUCAUUGAAGGGGUGCCAUUUCCCCCUCUUUUUAACCUUGCAAGUGAAACCGUACGUCAGGAUGCCUUUCAUACUAACAGCCACAGGAGGUGCCUCUGCAGAAAUAGCAGCCUGAAACUCUGCUAUUCAAUCACAUGGUUUUAGAGAGAUCAUCUAAUUGGGAAAGCAUUGCACUGGCUGAUUGUAAUGGAGCUCCUGUACUCCGGCUGAGUACCUUCGCCAAAUUUGCUUAUAGCUGUCAGGGGCCCUGGAGCACUUUAGACCCAGUCGCUGAAGCUUGACUGAGGUCUCUGGGCAACUCUGCCACCUUGGACCAGGCUGUAGUGAUUAUAGCUCCCUACGCUAGUUAUAGGUCCCUUCUGCGGUUAUAGCUCUGGAGAUCCUUUCUCCUUUGAACAGUGAUUAUAGCUCGUUUUUCCCCAGGCAUUAGUAGAGACCAAAUGUAGGGGAGUAGAAUGCAGAUUUAUUGAACACACACAGCUAUUGAUAUAUAGAAAUAUGAAUUGACACACCAGGGCGUGCUACCUUUUAUAAUAGUCCCACCCUGGUGCAACUCUGUCUGGGGUCUUGAUUGCGAAACCAGAUAGACUCCCUGCAAUGAGGCGGACAGAGCAGCGCGGUGUGGGAGAAAUGGCAGGUUAACUUAAUUUAUAACCUUUGUGGAGGGGACGGAAUGUCACCUAAACGUGAUUAUUACACUAUAGCAUUGAGAAUUCACAUUUGUGUUCCUUUGUCUGAAUAACGUGUGGCAAAUUCUCCCCACCCCAAAAUAAUUUUUUCAUAUUAAUAAUUUUUACACAUACAGUGCUAAUAAAGAAAAAUUAUUUGAAAUAGAUUCAAAUAUUAGUCCUGAUUGUUAAAUUCCUCAUGUCUGGGAUCUAAAUUAGUUUUGGUAGUUUUAACGCUAACCCUGUACCAACCCUACCUGUAACACUAUGCUUACAGUAACUCUAACUGUAUACUGCCCUAAGCGUUAUCCUACAUAAUCCAUUACCCCAAAUACAAACCCUACCUGUAACACUAUGCUUACAGUAACUCUAACUGUAUACUGCCCUAAGCGUUAUCCUACACAAUCCCUAACCCCUCAUUAACCAUUACCUUACCCAAAUACAAACCCUACCUGUAACACUAUGCUUACAGUAACUGUAUACUGCCCUAAGCGUUAUCCUACACAAUCCCUAACCUCUAACCAUUACCUUACCCAAAUACAAACCCUACCUGUAACACUAUGCUUACAGUAACUGUAUACUGCCCUAAGCAUUAUCCUACACAAUCCCUAACCCCUCAUUAACCAUUACCUUACCCAAAUACAAACCCUACCUGUAACACUAUGCUUACAGUAACUCUAACUGUAUACUGCCCUAAGCGAUAUCCUACACAAUCCCUAACCUUGCAUUAACCAUUACCUUACCCAAAUACAAACCCUACCUGUAACACUAUGCUUACAGUAACUGUAUACUGCCCUAAGCGAUAUCCUCCACAAUCCCUAACCUCGCAUUAACCAUUACCUUACCCAAAUACAAACCCUACCUGUAACACUAUGCUUACAGUAAGUGUAUACUGCCCUAAGCGUUAUCCUACACAAUCCCUAACCUCUCAUUAACCAUUACCUUACCCAAAUACAAACCCUACCUGUAACACUAUGCUUACAGUAAGUGUAUACUGCCCUAAGCAUUAUCCUACACAAUCCCUAACCUCUCAUUAACCAUUACCUUACCCAAAUACAAACCCUACCUGUAACACUAUGCUUACAGUAACUGUAUACUGCCCUAAGCGUUAUCCUACACAAUCCCUAGCCCCUCAUUAACCAUUACCCCAAAUACAAACCCUAACUGUAACACUAUGCUUACAGUAACUGUAUACUGCCCUAAGCGUUAUCCUACACAAUCCCUAACCCCUCAUUAACCAUUACCCCAAAUACAAACCCUACCUGUAACACUAUGCUUACAGUAAGUGUAUACUGCCCUAAGCGCUAUCCUACACAAUCCCUAACCCCUCAUUAACCAUUACCUUACCCAAAUACAAACCCUACCUGUAACACUAUGCUUACAGUAACUCUAACUGUAUACUGCCCUAAGCGUUCUCCUACACAAUCCCUAACCUCUCAUUAACCAUUACCCCAAAUACAAACCCUACCUGUAACACUAUGCUUACAGUAACUGUAUACUGCCCUAAGCAUUAUCCUACACAAUCCCUAACCCCUCAUUAACCAUUAGCUUACCCAAAUACAAACCCUACCUGUAACACUAUGCUUACAGUAACUGUAUACUGCCCUAAGCAUUAUCCUCCACAAUCCCUAACCUCUCAUUAACCAUUACCUUACCCAAAUACAAACCCUACCUGUAACACUAUGCUUACAGUAAGUGUAUACUGCCCUAAGCGUUAUCCUACACAAUCCCUAACCUCUCAUUAACCAUUACCUUACCCAAAUACACACCCUACUGUAACACUAUACCCUAGCUAUCCUACAAUCCCUAACCCUCAUUAACCAUUACCUUACCCAAAUACAAACCCUACCUGUAACACUAUGCUUACAGUAACUGUAUACUGCCCUAAGCGUUCUCCUACACAAUCCCUAACCCUCAUUAACCAUUACCCCAAAUACAAACCCUACCUGUAACACUAUGCUUACAGUAACUGUAUACUGCCCUAAGCGUUAUCCUACACAAUCCCUAACCCCUCAUUAACCAUUACCCCAAAUACAAACCCUACCUGUAACACUAUGCUUACAGUAACUGUAUACUGCCCUAAGCGCUAUCCUACACAAUCCCUAACCCUCAUUAACCAUUACCUUACCCAAAUACAAACCCUACCUGUAACACUAUGCUUACAGUAACUGUAUACUGCCCUAAGCGUUAUCCUACACAAUCCCUAACCUCUCAUUAACCAUUAGCUUACCCAAAUACAAACCCUACCUGUAACACUAUGCUUACAGUAACUGUAUACUGCCCUAAGCAUUAUCCUACACAAUCCCUAACCUCUCAUUAACCAUUACCUUACCCAAAUACAAACCCUACCUGUAACACUAUGCUUACAGUAACUGUAUACUGCCCUAAGUACACAAUCCCUGUACAAACCCUACUGUAACACUAUGCUUACAGUAACUGUAUACUGCCCUAAUCCUACACAAUCCCUAACCUCGCAUUAACCAUUACCUUACCCAAAUACAAACCCUACCUGUAACACUAUGCUUACAGUAACUGUAUACUGCCCUAAGCGUUAUCCUACACAAUCCCUAACCCCUCAUUAACCAUUACCUUACCCAAAUACAAACCCUACCUGUAACACUAUGCUUACAGUAACUGUAUACUGCCCUAAGCGUUAUCCUACACAAUCCCUAGCCCCUCAUUAACCAUUACCCCAAAUACAAACCCUAACUGUAACACUAUGCUUACAGUAACUGUAUACUGCCCUAAGCGUUCUCCUACACAAUCCCUAACCCCUCAUUAACCAUUACCCCAAAUACAAACCCUACCUGUAAUACUAUGCUUACAGUAAGUGUAUACUGCCCUAAGCGCUAUCCUACACAAUCCCUAACCCCUCAUUAACCAUUACCUUACCCAAAUACAAACCCUACCUGUAACACUAUGCUUACAGUAACUGUAUACUGCCCUAAGCGUUAUCCUACACAAUCCCUAACCUCUCAUUAACCAUUACCUUACUCAAAUACAAACCUACACUGACCUCUAACACAAACCUUUAACCCUCUAAUAUCUAUACGGUUGUCAGCAGAUGUAUUUCCUAGUUGAAAUCGUAGAAAGACGUAUGUUGCUGACAUCUGCUGGCUGUUUUCAGCAUUACAGGUAUACUUUUUUUUUUUUGCUGUGCAGCUAGUACAAUCGUCAUGGGUGUAUCCAGACUCCAUCUGCCAGCCCAGAAACACUGAUCUGCUCCGUUACAGUAUCUUAAUGGGAUUUAAAGGGCUGUAGGUAGCGCUCACUUUAAGCUCUGCACACAGAUUUUUGGUCAGCCUAUAGCCAGUAAAUGUGGUAUUGAUUGAUACCUAGGACUCCCUGGUGUGAUUUAACCCUGAUUUAACCAAAAUGUUAUGAAGUUCCAUACUGUCCUAACAGCAUUAAACCCAUUAUGUUAAUUUACAUUUUUUCAUUGGGGUAUUUCUAAAAACAGCCUGCAGAAGCUGCAGAUCUCUUGUCUGCAGUCUUUGCAAGCCCUCCCCUUCUUACCCCGCCCAGACUUUCUGUGGCUGUCCAAUCACAGACUUCCCAAUGCAGCUCAAUGAAAGGUCUUUGCAAGGCAGUUGCUCUGGGCAAUUGCUACUUUUUGAGUUUAUCUCCACUGAGCUAAAUAAACCAGGAAUUAACAGGACCGGGUGUCUAAUGACCUUCGUACACCCCCCUGCCGGCUAACAAAGUGCCAAUUUAAUUAAAAUUUUCUGCACUUUUUGUAAAAUGGGUGUGGAGGAUAUUGACUUACUUUCGACAUAUAAAUCUCUUCAGCAAGAUAAACUGCUUUAGGAGUCUGGAGUGUUAACAUUGAUAUAUUUCAAAGAAAUCAUUAUUGUAGAAGCAAGUUUGGCAACCCUUUCUGUUCCCCUCUUCUUACUUCCAUACCUGUUCAAUAACUCCUCAUGACUAGUGAGAGAGGUGUGUUUGAGUGUGAAAGAUAUAAUCUCAAGUAGCUUUUUUUUUUAUUUUUCAUCCAAAUUGUGAAUCCGAUAGAGACAGGGGUUUGUGUACUUAUCCUGAACUUGUUAAAAUCAUCCACAAUGAGGAAUAGCUUGAUACAUGCUGGGCUAUUACAUCUGUAGAGUGUAUAUCUGUUUUAGUGUAUUUUUAGCUGUUUCUUUAAACCUUCUGUUCUGUCUUAAAAUAGUUAUCUCAGCGGCUUGCAAUUAAAUUCUGGGAAUUGGCUGCUGUAGACUGAAGGGUCUCAAUAUAGAAAAGAUAAUUAAUAGACGUUUGAUUCUAGAUUUUUUGACUGUAAAUAACAUUGUUAAUUCUUCUAGGUUUACGUGUCCUAUGAUUAUGGUAAAAGCUUUAAGAAAAUCUCAGAGAAAUUCCUUUUCCCAGACGGCAAUACAAGCAUUCCAGCAGUGGCGCAGUUCUUUCACAGCCCCGUGGAUAACAAGAGGGUAACGCAUCUUUGGUUGAUUUCCAGAUUUUCUCCUUUUGACAGUAACAUUGCUGAAUUCUAUUUAAUGUUACAUUACUUACCAUCUCUAAAUGUGUAAAAUGAGGUCAGUUUUCUACUUUCAAAACAUGAUUUGGUUCUUGCCACCUUCAAAUCUUUGUUCCAUCGAUUAGAGGUAUUAAAGGAAGCGUCUUGGGAGGUACAGUCCUUACUGCUAACCUACCGGCGAAUACAGAGAGACCAGCAGACAAAAUAGAGAGAAUAAAACUUUAAUAAAACAAAUGUUCCCUUUGGUGCGAUGACCAGUAGCAGUCCAGUUAUUGAGUGUAUUCUCCCAUGAUGCACUGCCAGUUGUAGUAGUGAAAACUGGAUAUUGUUAGAUCUUCUUCGUAAUGAGUCACAGUUUUUUGGAUAACUAUAUCUGUAUUCAAUGGUAUGUGGGGGGAUAAUUCCCAUAUAUACGGUUUCCAGACCCUAACGCUAUCCCUUUGUGAAUGUGCAUAUGAUCUCCAUAUCCAAUACUCCAUCUGGUAAAUGGACAUGUGCUCUCCUUGUACUAUCUCUAUAUCUGGGUAACUGUGUAUGUGGUUUCCAAAGCCUAUAUCUGUAUUCGGUAAAUGUGCAUGUGGAUUCCAUAUCCUAUAGCUAUAUCUGGGUAAAUGGGCAUGUGGAUUCCGUAUCCUAUAGCUAUAUCUGGGUAAAUGGGCAUGUGGAUUCCAUAUCCUAUAGCUAUAUCUGGGUAAAUGGGCAUGUGGAUUCCAUAUCCUAUAGCUAUAUCUGGGUAAAUGGGCAUGUGGAUUCCAUAUCCUAUAGCUAUAUCUGGGUAAAUGUGCAUGUGGAUUCCAUAUCCUAUAGCUAUAUCUGGGUAAAUGGGCAUGUGGAUUCCGUAUCCUAUAGCUAUAUCUGGGUAAAUGGGCAUGUGGAUUCCGUAUCCUAUAGCUAUAUCUGGGUAAAUGGGCAUGUGGAUUCCGUAUCCUAUAGCUGUAUCUGGGUAAAUGGCAUGUGGAUUCCGUAUCCUAUAGCUAUAUCUGGGUAAAUGGUCAUGUGGAUUCCAUAUCCUAUAGCUAUAUCUGGGUAAAUUGGCAUGUGGAUUCCGUAUCCUAUAGCUAUAUCUGGGUAAAUGGGCAUGUGGAUUCCGUAUCCUAUAGCUAUAUCUGGGUAAAUGGGCAUGUGGAUUCCGUAUCCUAUAGCUAUAUCUGGGUAAAUGGGCAUGUGGAUUCCGUAUCCUAUAGCUAUAUCUGGGUAAAUGGGCAUGUGGAUUCUAUAUAAUUCUCUCCCUUUGCUUUGCAGUACAUCUUCGUGGAUGCCAGUUCUUCAUACCUGUGGAUCAGCACUGACUUCUGUACCACAGUCACAGGGUUUUCUGUGCCCUUUAAACCCACUGACCUUCUCUUGCACAGCACAGAUCCAAACCUUGUUCUUGGCUAUGACAAGUCACACCCCAAUAAGCAGGUAAGUACUAUAUGAAUCAGUUUAGCUAUGCCAUGUAAAUCCUGGCUCAUUGUAAGACUGCAUGUUUUACUUUCCAGAUGUAUUUCCUAUUCUCGCUUCAAUUGCUUUGCUUUUUCCUGAUUACGCUUUAAACCGCUUCCUGGGUGCAUUCAUUAAAGACUCCAUGGUGUCAACUCAAAAGCACAGCAGUCAUCAACAGACAAUUUGCAUUAAAUUCAUUAUUCAGCUGGCCUGGGUUAUUUAUGGCCGUAACGUUUCAGGCAGCAGUUGGCCUGCGUUAUCAAGACAGUAACAUUUCAUUCAGUAAUUGGCCUGCGUUAUAGAGGUGGUAACUUUUCAUACAGCAGUUGGCCUGUGUUAUCAAGGCGGUGUCAUUUCAUGUAGCCGUUGGCCUGCCUUAUCGAGGCGGUAACUUUUCAUAAAUCAAUUGGCCUGUGUUAUCGAGGCAGUAACAUUUCAUAUAGCAGUUGGCCUGCAUUUUUGAGGUAGUAACUUUUCAUACAGCAGUUGGCCUGUGUUAUCGAGGCGGUAACAUUUCAUGUAGUAGUUGGCCUCGUUAUUGAGGCGGUAACAUUUUGAGCAGCAGUUGGCCUGCGUUACUUAUGGCGGUAACAUUUCAUGUAAUAGUUGGGCUGUGUUAUCAAGGCAGUAACAUUUGUUUGUGUUCGUGUGCUGUGUAGUGUAAUCUGUAAGCAUGGUUUUAAACUAGAAUCUAGCAAACCCAUAUUUCAGUGCUCCCUCCAGCCCAGUGCUCUGACCAUGACCAGCGGUGAUACAUGAUUUGACUUUGUAAAUCCAUGUCCGCCUCAGUCCUAUAGUCCAGAAUGAACAUUGUGAUUAUUAAUAUAGUUAAUAUUUAGCUUUUAUUUUCGUGUCUAUCUGUGUGUGUGUGUGUGAUAUAUAUAUUAUAUUAUAUUAUAUAUUAUCCCGGCCAGGAAAGGUUCACAUACAUUUCCUUUUAAUAUAAAAUAACUUAUCAUAUAAUCUGAGAGCAUGUAGGAUUCAGUGGAAUCUGAUAAGAAACCAGCUGUUCAGUAAAGCUACGAUUUGGGGAAUUCUCAUUUUAUGAACAGUCAAUCUUUGCGGUUUGUCGUAUCACAGAGACUCCAUCUUGUAGUAAAUAUUUCCCAGUUAGGAUACUAUAAUAGUGUGUAUAAUGGUAUAGGACAUGGCUUUAUUUAUUGUAAGUUCUCUAUAAGGAAGAUGAGAUCUCUCCGUAACGUGCCUUGCCAAACCGUCACAUAUUGUUCAUUGCAUACACGACUUGUGUGAUAACUUUCUCCUGGCACUUUGUUUUACAAGUCACUAUACAAUCCGUUCCGGUGUAAUUAUUACGGCUCCAGUAAUUGACACUAUUGAUGUUUGUUUUUUAAUGAUCCCUUUGUCCUGGAUGGACAUUGUAUAACAGGGUCCAUCGGCUGGUAAAUAUUUUGUUAAGAAUAAACCUUACUCUUACUUUUUCAGCUUUGGAAAUCGGAUGAUUUUGGUCACACCUGGUUAAUGAUUCAAGAACAUGUGAAAACCUUUUAUUGGUACGUAUUUUGUGUUCGGUCUUCUUAAAGUCACUUUUAUUUUAAAUCUCUCAAAAUAAAAUCAAAGACUAAAUUUGACAAAAUAUGUGGGCAUGCUAGCCUCCUGCCUACUCUAACUAGGUUCACAUCUAUGUAUUAACUGAAUAUGUGUGUGUGUGUGUGUGUGUGUGUGUGUGUGUGUGUGUAUAUAUAUUUAUUUGUGGUCGGGGACAAUAAGGCGGGUUAUAAUAGUAGUGGCAUAAGUCUGUUAUGUCCGUAUGUAUAUAAAACUUUGCAUGAAUAUUCUUCGACUGCCACAUAUCACAUGAUUUCUUUCUGUUUAUUGGUUAAUGAUCUGGUUUUCUUUAUAAUUUUGCUUGCAUUUGUUUUUUGAACUGUAAACUGAUCCAUUAUCCAGUAAUUUCCCCCCCUACCUCCACUCUUAGGGGUGUGCAUCCAUAUGACAAGCCGAAUACAGUUUAUGUUGAACGCCACGAACCUCGGGGGACGUCCACUGUCCUUCGCAGUAUAGACUAUUUUCAGUCCAGAGAGAAAACAGAAGUCAUUUUAGAAGAUGUUGAUGCAUUUCAGUUGCGGGAAAAAUAUAUGUUUGCCACUAAGACCGUGGUAAGUUAGUUAAUACCCUGUAUGUUUGGGGAAGAAUACAGCAAAUGUAAAUUGGAUACUUUUUUAUUUAAAAAAAAAAAGUUAAAUGGACAUACUAGGCACCAAAACAGAUUGAGCUUAGUGGAUCAGUUUUGGUGUAUAGAUCAUGCCCCUGUAGUCUCACUGCUAAAUUCUGUCAUUUAGGAGGUUACAAUUUUAAUCAGAAUUAUUUAAUCUCCAAUGAAAAUCAGGUUUAUUGUCAAAAUUUACAGACUUUGUUUUUUGCAAUGAACAAAUCAAACAAAAGCAAUUGAAAUAGCUCAACACAACAAAUACUUUGAGUGGUUUUCAAAAUUCAACUGAAAAUGCUACUUAAAAUAUGCAAAACAGGUGUUUCUGAAACACAUCUGAUGCAACUAAUCAAGCGCUUCAUUAGCUGCAUCAAAUGUGCUUGAGCUGGAACACUUAAAAUACCUGAACUAGCAAUGGUUUGUGGAGUGUCACAUAUUACUACAUGUUAGAAAUGUCUCAAGAAUGGUCCACAAAGUUAAGAGAAGAGAUCAUCUCCCUUCACAAACAAGAACAGGAUACAAAAAGAUAGCGAAGGCACUUAAUAUACUUAGACACUGCAUUGGAAGCAUAGUUCCCAAGUUCAAAGUUGAAGAAACGGUGGUUAAUCUACCUGAAUUGGGCAGGCCAAUGGCAGCAAUCAGAUUUCUGAGAAGGCAGGUUGUAGAAAGACUUACAGCAUGACUUGGUGAUAACGCUCAUAGAGGUUUCAGUGAGAACAGUACAGUGCGUACUGAAUGCAGAAGGUUUCCAUGCUAGACGUACAACACUACUGACCCAAAAGCACAAGAAUGUGCUCAAAAUAAUGUGAAUAAGCCAGAUAUUUGGGGAUUUUUUUCCAUGGAGUGAUUGAAAAAAACUGUAACUUUUUGACCCAAUUAAUCAGCGGUAUGUCUGGAGGAAGAAGAAAGACGCAUAUGCUGAAAAGAACACUCUGCCUACAGUUAAGCAUGGUGGUGGCUCAGUGAUUCUCUAGAGCUGCUUCACAUCCUCUGACACUGGAAAUCUGUUGGACUUUCUAACAAGACAAUGAUCCCAAGUAUACUUCAAAUUCCACCAAGGCUUGGUUGCAGAAGUCAUUUAACCUUCUACAGUGGCCAUCCCAGUCACCUGACUUGAACCCCAAAGAAAAUCUGGUGGGAUUUGAAGAAGGCGGUUGCAGCACACCAACCCAAGAAUAUUACUGAAUGGGACAUCAUUGCUCAUAAGCAAAGGGCUAGGAUUCCUCAGGAACGCUGCCAGUAGCCGGUGUCUGGCUAUGCAUCUCGUUUGCACCAGGUCAUAACAGCAAAAGGGAUCUCUACUAAGUACUAAUGAUGCUUGCCAUGAAGGGGUCGAAUCAUUUUGAGACUGCAGAAGUUAUAAGUUGCAUUUUCAGUUGAAGCAUUUGUUGUGUUGAGCUAUUUCAAUUGCUUCUCUUUGAUUUGUUCAUUGCAAACAGCUGAAUGUCUGUACAUUUUGACAAUAAACCUUCAAUGAGGAUUAAAUUAUUUUGAUUACAACUGCUACUUUGUUUAUACAGCCCUAGUCACAUCUCUCUGUAUGUUGCACAGCCUCCCUAAACACUUCCUAGUGAGAUUUAAUGUUUAACCUUCCUUUAUUUUCUUUAAUUUAGAAUGCAUUAUCUCCUGUUCUGUUUAUCGCUUGCUAGACCCUGCAGGAGCCUCAUGUAUGUAAGUGUAGGAGAUUUUAAAAAAUUAAUUAAAAAAAACUUCUAAAGCAAGUUAACAUCUGACUGAAAAGCCAUUUUGUUUUCAUGCAUGCUGUGACAGUCACAGCCAGGGGUGGUGUGGCUAGGGCCACUAAAACAAAGUGGUUUAACCCCUAAAUUGCAGAGAAUUAAACUGUGAGUCUGCAGGGGUAUGGUCUAUACACUAAAACUGCUACAUUAAGCUAACAUUCUUUUAAUGCCCAUAGUGUCCCUUUAAGCAUUCCAUUUUAAAUUAUUUCAAUAACCCAAUGCUCCACUUCCCUUACAGCUUUAACCUGAAACCAUAAAACACACUUUGCACCUUUACUGUCACAUGUCUAAAGAUAUAGCAAGGCUUUGGUUCUAAUCUCCUAUUAUAAAUAGAAAUCUAAUAAUCUCAGUAUUCAUUAAGUCAAAUAUUGGCGUGUAAAAAGAAAAAAAUAGAUAUCCUUGUAGAAAGGUUGUUUUUUUUAUUUUUUUUAUUAUGAUAAAUUAUGCCAGUUUUCACAGAUCUAAUAUGAAGCCUCCUGUCAUGUGAUAACAUUUUCAUUUCAGCAGACCACCAAGUUUAGAAUGGCAGGAAAAAGUAAAGUGAAACUGAAAACCUUGGUGUUGGUGCUUUGCAGAAAUAAUGGCGUGAAUUUAACAUUUUUAAUUGUUUUAAUAAAUUGUGACAAACAUUUGCUGAAAUUUAGACGUAAAAGUUCUGGCAAAACCUUGCUUAAUAUCUCCAGGAACCCUUCUUAAAAUGUAUUUUAUUAUACUUGGUUUAUCUAGAGACUCCCUCGCGGGGAUCAUGGGAUAUUGGCUUUAUUUAUUAAAAGUCAUUUGUUUGCUUGUGUGCAGUAAAUGUCUUCAUGUGCUGGCUGUUGCACUGUGUAUUUUUAAUGUAUUUUGUCCUUUCUAGCGUCUCUUCGGUGGAAAGAAUCCAUUUUCCGUCCAGCUCUGGGUUUCUUAUAACCGCAAUCACAUGAGAAUGGCGCAGUUUGCAACCAGACAUCCUAUAACCGUGAGUAGAAAUGUAUGAACUGUUCCGUGCAGGGUGAACUCGGUAAACCAAAGGCAUCUUGGUGUGUUAAUAGGAGGCAUGCGAUAUGUACAAUGACACACCAACUGCUACUGCUAAACUGUGAACAUAUCCCAUCGAUAGCCAUCGCCUGUUACUCAGCCGAAAAUAAGGAGGAAAGUAAAACCACAGACCCAGAACAUACCAUUAAUUAGUGCGGUAUGGUUAUUGCUUUUAAAGAACUCUCAGGGGAUAUUUAAAAAGACACUUGAAACACACAUAACGGGUUGAAGUUCUUUGUGUGAACAAUGUGUACUUUUGUUUCCAAUUUUAAAAGAAAUUCACACUUUCAUAGAUGAACCACCUUACACCUCGCAAUCAGAAACAUUUCUCCUCCUUUCUGUAUGCUCUGUGCUGACUGCCCGAUAUAAAGGGCGGAGCUUAUAACAAUGACUGACAGGGAGCUAAGAUGGAGGUGGCUCUCUCUAUACUGACUGCCAGGUGUAAUGGGCGGAGCUUAUAACAAUGAUUGACAGGAAGCUGAGAUGGAGGCGGCUCUCUCUAUACUGACUGCCAGGUGUAAUGGGCGGAGCUUAUAACAAUGAUUGACAGGGAGCUAAGAUGGAGCUGGCUCUCUCUAUACUGACUGCCAGGUGUAAUGGGCGGAGCUUAUAACAAUGAUUGACAGGAAGCUGAGAUGGAGGCGGCUCUCUCUAUACUGACUGCCAGGUGUAAUGGGCGGAGCUUAUAACAAUGAUUGACAGGGAGCUAAGAUGGAGCUGGCUCUCUCUAUACUGACUGCCAGGUGUAAUGGGCGGAGCUUAUAACAAUGAUUGACAGGGAGCUAAGAUGGAGCUGGCUCUCUCUAUACUGACUGCCCGAUAUAAAGGGCGGAGCUUAUAACAAUGAUUGACAGGGAGCUAAGAUGGAGACUCCCAGUUACAGAAUAAAGAGAUGUGGAUUUCUAAAAAAUUUUAAAUUUUUUUUUUUUUUUUUCCAUACCUAACAAGUUCAUUUGAAAUGGUGUCUGUUUGAAACGUGUGGGAUUAGCUUUUUACCAUGUUACGGAGGUAAUGAGAGCUGGACAUGGGUACUAAGUAGGAAAUCAAAACUGUAUUCUGAUUGGCUGUUAGUUGGGUUUCGUAAUUUGUUAGAAUAGAUCUUAAAUCUAUUGACUAAAUAUAUUGUAUGUUUUACUUUGUAAGGAAUAUUACAUCACCGAUGCAUCUGAAGAUCAGGUGUUUGUGUGCGUCACUCACACCAACAACGUGACAAACCUGUACAUUUCGGAAGCAGACGGUCUACGAUUUUCACUUUCUUUGGAAAAUGUUCUGUAUUUUAACCCUGAGCAAGUGGGAACAGAAACAUUGGUCAGGUAGGCUGAAUGUUUCUCUGUCUUUCUCUGUGCAAUAUCUGUCUACUUUAAAGGGACACUAUAGUCACCAGAACUACAGCUAAUUGUAUUUGUUCUGGUUAGGAUAAUUAUUCCAUUCAGGCUUUUUGCAAUAAACACGUCUUUUAGAGAAAAUGCAGUUUUCAUAUUAGAGCCUAGUGAUAACUCCACUGGGCACUCUUAGAUGGCUGCUAGAGGUGCUUCCUGGGGCAGUGCUCCACAGUGUGACUGACAUUCGGUGUCUCCUCACUCUGCAUGCAGACCCUGAACUUUCCUCAUAGAGAUCCAUUGAUUCAAUAAAUCUCUCUAUGAGGAGAUGCUGAUUGGCCAGGGCUGUGUUUGGCUUGAGCUGGCUCUGCCUCUGAUCUGCCUCCUUAAAAGUCUUGGCCAAUCCUAUUGAAAAGCAUUGUGAUUGAUUCAGAGAAUCACUUCUGAUGUCAGCCAAGCAGGCAGAUCAGGAGCAGAGGCAGCAGCUGCAGACUUGAAUAAAAGUAAAAUUUUGCUAUAUUUAGGGGGGGCGAGUGGAGGGGGGUUAGAUGGUGGUUUUAACACUAUAGGGCAGGGGUAGGCAACCUUUGGCACUCUAGAUGUUUUGGACUACACAUCCCAUGAUGCUUUGCCAGCAUUAUGGCAGUGUGAGCAUUGUGGGUAUGUAGUCCACCACAUGAAGGUUGACUAUCCCUUCUAUAGGGUUAGGAAUACAUGUUUGUGUUCCUGACUUUAUAGUGUUCUUUUAAUAAACUCUGAGCAAUCAGUGUCUUUUAAAGAUAAGAACGUAAACACAAUCUAUCAAACUCAGCAGGCGUGAAAAUAUAGUCAAAAUAGUAGAUUUCCCCCCUCACCCUUAUUUUUAUGGUUUAAAGUAAAUUUUAAAUGCAGAAAUAUACCUUAGAAAAUGUAAAGUUUGCUAAAUGUUAACAAAUUCAUCAGCACUUUCAAUAGGGAUCUCCCUAACAGAUCUUGUAGAGUUCUAUAUCCGUAUUCUGAUCUUUGCGGUCUAUGUAAAUCACCUGUUUCAUGCACUGUCUCUACCUUUACAAAUUGGCCAGAAAUAAAAUAAAAAGAGCUAAAUCUGGAAUUAAGGAGCCAAGUGUUAUUUCACAAGCCGUAUUCACAUCUUACAUCCGUAUAGAUAUUUGGAGAAGGAGCCCUUUGCUGAUGUACACCGCGUGAAAGGGGUCAGUGGCGUUUACAUCGCUAAUAUGAUAAAUGGAUCCUUCUCGAAGGAGAACAUGCGUUCCGUUAUAACAUUUGAUAAAGGAGGGACGUGGGAAUUUCUUCAGGCCCCGGUUUACAAUGGUUACGGAGAGAAGUGUGAGGUAAUGGCAGCCAUGGGGUGUCUUUAAUUUCCAGUACAAAAUUCUUCAAAACUUUUUAACUUCUUUUCAAUAAUGUGACUCUGUCCAUAAUACAUUAGUUUUAAGCAAAAAUUCUGGGCACAGAUUGUGGCCCUCUUGAUCUUCUACUAGCCUUUUUUGUGUAGAUUUAUUUAUUUUUAAAUAGAAUCCGUUAUUAGUGUCAUUUAAACAAAUAAAUAUACAUAUACAUAUACAUAUACAUAUAUAUAUAUAUAUAUAUAUAUAUACACUAUCUAUCCAUAAUAAUUGAAAAAGUGACUUACCCAGGUGAAAUGUAUUGUGACCGGCGUCUAAACGCAUUCACCACGCAUGUCCAUGAGGCCAUUCCCCCUCCGUGAUCACGCGGUCCCUGCGCAAUGACGUCUCGUAAAUCCGUUACUAUGGCGACACGGCAAUCAUCGCCAUGGUGACCGCCUAAAAGUGACACACCGUGAUUAGAAAUUAAUGGAAGCCCGAUUAUCAUAGGCUGUUGUGUAUAAUUACAUGCAAGAGAAGAAAAGUGAUUAAAAACCAUAAUAGUUGUAAAAGGCAACAGUAACAUCUGAAAAAAAACUAUUUAAGCCAAUACUUAGCAAUGUAGACUGUGGUGCUGAACCAGAGUGUUGUACUAUAGUAAAUAUAAUAUGGUUGCUAGGAUACAUCAAAUCCUUAAAGUGCCACUUCUGAGAUAGUGCUUAAAAUGCUGUAUAUAUCACAAAAUGUAGAAAGUCCUUGCACCCACGCUUGGUAGACUGUUUGCCGGGUGCUUGAAAUCCAGGAAAAUUGAAAUAUAUGUAGAUCGUGAUCAGCACUCUCGGACUUUGAAGAUUAAAACCUAAAGUUUAUUAAUUAUCCAUUAAAAAUAAGAUCGACGUUUCAGUCCCAGCAGGGACUUUCAUCAGGAUCAGACACAUAUGCCUGAUCCUGAUGAAAGUCCCUUCUGGGACUGAAACGUCGAUCUUAUUUUUAAUGGAUAAUUAAUAAACUUUAGGUUUUAAUCUUCAAAGUCCGAGAGUGCUGAUAGAUAGAUAUCCUUUUUGAAUGCGCAGUUUGCAGAGUGCAAACCGCUAUCCCAAAAUUCCUCCUUUUAUUAAAUCUCAAUAAAAAAAAUAUGGUGUAUGUAUAUACGUGUCUGUGUAUAUCUGUCACGUUCUCAAUGGAGUUUGUUUGUUUCUGAGUUUUUUUGGGGUUUUUUUUUUUCUUCCAAGUCUUUCAAGGUUAAUAUGUUGCCCUAUCUCGUAAAUUAACACUUUUGUGUUUUGUUUUUUUUCGCAGUCAUCACGCGGUUGUUCACUUCACUUGGCGCAGCCACUCAGCAGAAUGAUUACCUUUCAGUUUCGGGUCAUGCCAAUUCUCUCCAAGGAGUCUGCACCGGGUUUAAUCAUGGCUACAGGUGCAUCUGUUUAUUUUUUUAUUUUUUUUUAGCAGAAUAUGUAUAUGUUUUGGUUGUUCAUUAUAUGUAAUAGAUACACAAGGGAUUGACAUGGGUAUUUCAGUGUGAGUUGUGUGAGCACAAUUUGAAGUGUGAAACCAGUUACGUGCAUGGUGUGUAAGUUGUUUGGGUGUCCGUAACGUACACAUUUGAUGUAGAAGUUGCUGAUCGGGAACUGAAAUAAAUAUAUAUGGUUAUUUUUAUUUGAGUUAAAGUUUUUUUAUUUUUUUAUUUUUUUUUAUUUUAUCAUAACUGUGCAUGUGCCCAGUGUUGUGGUAACACCAUGUGACGAACGCUAACCAGUUUGACUUUGCAGGUACCGUUGGGAGGGACAUGACCGGUAAAACAAACAUGUAUGUAUCCAGCAGCGCCGGAGUAAGAUGGCGGGAGGUAAGUUGUGUGAGGCCUUCCUGUUCAGUCUAAUAGACCAGGCAGAGAAGCGGUUAUUUUCUGCUGCGUUAAAUAGCCAAAUAUUUAGCAACUAGUUAUAAAAUGGAGAUGUCCCUAAUUUGCAGUCUUUCUUCCAUUUUGUCUCAGUCACUUCUCGGCCCCCACUACUGUACUUGGGGAGAUCACGGAGGGAUCCUGGUUGCAAUUGCUCAAGGAAUGGAAACCAAUCAAUUAAAGUACAUUAUACAUUUUAUACUGAAUAUUGUGAGGAUCUAUGAGUUAGAUUAAAAUGUAUUUCGAUUAUAGUGUGUUUUGUACUAUAUAGAUUAUAAUGUAAAUAUUAUAAGGAAUUUUUGAAAUAAACUGUGUAUGUAAAUAUGAAAGCAAAGAUUUUCUUAGAGGUGUGUGUGUGAAUGUAUGUAUAUGUGUGUGUGUGAAUGUAUGUAUAUGUGUGUGUGUGAAUGUAUGUAUAUGUGUGUGUGUGAAUGUAUGUAUAUGUGUGUGUGUGAAUGUAUGUAUAUGUGUGUGUGUGUGAAUGUAUGUAUAUGUGUGUGUGUGAAUGUAUGUAUGUGUGUGUGUGUGAAUGUAUGUAUAUGUGUGUGUGUGAAUGUAUGUAUAUGUGUGUGUGUGAAUGUAUGUAUAUGUGUGUGUGUAAGCAAAUAUGUAUAGUUUAAAAAACAUAUACCACCGGGGGCGCCACAAUCACAAACAUGUGAAUAUAUUUACCAUGGUAUGUUCAUGGGUAUGCAUAUAAGGAGAUAAAAAUAAAAGUAUAUAUAGUGAAGUAUUUAAUAACAAAUAGAAAAAUAAUAAAAAAUAAUUGCACUCACAAAUGUAGUUGCACAACAAGAACAUAUGUCCUAAUUGUGCUAAGAAAGCCUGUCAGCCCUUAAUUGGGCUAGAGUCCCCUCUUGUAGCAGGAUCCCGAUUUUCAAAAGUUCCAAUGGCCUCCAGUAAUAAUCUGCUUGAAGGUGGAUGAGAUCCAAAGAUACUAGGGACACUGGCCGACUUGUAGCUGCUCGACGCGUUUCGUCCGAUCGACUUUUUCAAGAGCUGUGUGUUUCUGUUCUUCUUCCGGCUUUUUAAAUGAUCAGGUUCGCGCGGCUUUCAGUGUUGCGCGCAUGCGCAUUACGGUAAAACUUUACCGCGCAUGCUCACACAUCCAGCUUGAAACGCAAAACCAACUUUAUUGAUACUUUGCGCCGACAAAACACAUUUCCGUACCGGACCACUUGGUCUUACGGAAUAAUAUGUGGGCACUUCAAGCUUUUGUUCAUCAUACAUAGUUGAUCUUCAUACAUAAAAUACUGAUGAACCAUCUUUUAAAAGGCAAAGGUAAAAGGCAUUUUAAGUGCAUCACAUAUAGAGUUCUACUAUUAGAAGUGGGAAAUUAAGCAUACUGUAGACAGAAACAAACAUAUUAUGAGAAACAUAUUAUAAAAAAUAUAUGUAAUAAAAACAUCAUGUUACAUUUUAUACAGUGUUACAAUACUUUAUACAAAACUGAUAUUUACAUAUAACAAACUGUAUAUAUAACUAAUAAUCAUUUUAUUUUAUUCGGAUGAGAGACCUGGCGAAGACAUCAUUAGGUUCUAUUAGAAUCAUUCAUAAAUAAAUGAGAGAUCAUUUCAUUGGAAGUUAAUUCAUUAAAAAGUUAUUGAUAAAAAAUUGUAAUUAUUAAUAAAAUACAAAUCGUGCAAAUUAAUGCCAAUUCUAUGGAAACAAAAAUUAUAAUAUAGUGAUAAAACUACCACUUACUGAAAAGGACUUUCUAAAAACCAAAUUAUUUACAAAAAUUUUUUUUAAAAAAAUUGAUUCAUAAAAGAUUAAUUCAUAAAAAAUUAAUUAAUUUAUAAAAAAUUAAAAUUAAAAUUAAAAACUCUUAUAAAUAAUUUAUAAGAAUCAAUCCAUAAACACCAAUAAAUCUAAAUCAACAUUUAAUCCUCUUGGAAAAGUGGUUUUGAGUCUAUGGAUCCACUCUGUUUCUUUCAUGGCUAGCGCUUUUUCUGUGUCGCCCCCUCUCCAAUGUGGAAUUAUCGUAUCUAUCCCUAUACAUCUAAAAUCCUGGAAACUAAAAUGGGUGCAAUUUAUACAAUGUUUGGGAACACUAUGUUUUAUAUUCCCUCUUUUUAUCCCAUUAAAGUGUUCCAAGAUUCUAAUGUGGAGUUUUCUUAUUGUACGACCCACAUAUUGUAUGCCACAUUUACAUUCAAGUAGAUAAAUUACAUUUUUUGUCUGACAAUUUAUAAAGUUUUUUAUUUUAAAAACUUCUUUAGUGGCAGUGCAGGUAAAUUCUGUUGUUUUCUGUUUUUGGAAUUUGCAUGUACUGCACUGCCCACAUUUAAAAAAACCUUUUGGUUUUUCUUUAAGAAAAUUGCCCGUUGUGGCUUCUUCUUUAGUGGGUUUGACACGGGGUAGAGCGCUUGGAGCUAAAAUAGAUUUAAAAUUCUGGGUCUUUUUGUAAAUAAUUUGGGGUUUACUUGGUAAAAUAUCCUUUAAAAGUUGAUCUUGUUUUAAAAUGGGCCAAAAUUUCUUCAUAGUUUUCUCUAUAAGGUGAGCUUUAUUGUUGUAUCUGGUUAAAAAGGAGAUGCUAUAAUCCUUCUUGUUUUUCUUAUAUACCUUUUUAUCUUUUAAAAGUUUAUUUCUAUCUUUGUCUUCUAUCUGUUUUUCUGAAUUGAUCAAAAGUUGAGAUGGAUAAUGUCUUUUUUCAAAUUUUUUGUUUAACAUUUUAACUUGUUCUUUAAAAUCACUUUUGUUAGUACAGUUUCUAAGGAGUCUCGUUUGUUGUCCCUUCGGUAUAUUAUUCAGCCAAUUGGGGUGGUGACAGCUAGAAUAUUCUAUAAAGCUGUUCCCAUCCGUUGGUUUAAAAAAAGUUUUAUUACAAACUACUCCUGAUGAUACAAAGAAAGAAAGAUCUAAAAAAUUAAUUAAUACUCUCCGUCUGAAUUUCAGCCGUAAAAAGCAAUCCAUAAGUAUUAUGGUUGAUAUAUAAUAAAAAUUCUUCUAAAAGAGACCUAUCCCCUUCCCAAAUAAUAAGGACAUCAUCAAUAUAUCUUCUCCAGAGCACCAGGUUCGCACCGUAUGGAUUGUUGUUCCAAAUUUUCUUCGCUUCCCAAUCCGCCACAAAGAUAUUGGCAUAACUAGGUGCGAACCUGGUGCCCAUUGCAGUUCCACAAGUUUGGAGGUAAUAUGUACCUUCAAACCAAAAGAAAUUGUGAAAGAGGAUAAAACGAAUGAUAUCUAAAAUUAAGGUUGCUUGUGCUUCAUGCAUAUUUAUAUCCUUUCCUAAAAUUUCCCUAAUGGCCUCAAUACCUUUCUCAUGAUCGAUCGACGUAUACAGAGAUGAAACGUCUACCGUGGCCCAAAUAUAGUUCUCUUUCCACGUCAUACCUUCUACCUCUACAAUAAUUUGAUUUGAAUCUUUAAUGUAUGAGGGAGCUUUUGGAACAUAUUUCUGUAAAAAGUAAUCUACAUAUUCUGACACAUUACUAGUCAACGAGCCAAUGCCACUAAUUAUUGGCCUCCCUGGAGGAUCGAUAAGUGAUUUAUGAAUCUUUGGCAAAUAAUAAAAUAUAGCCAUUUUUGGAAAUUUAAUAAAAAGGUAUUCAAAUUCGUCCUUUUUAAUGAUAUCUUUCUUAAAACUUUCUGACAAUAGUUUAAAAAGCUCUUUCUUAUAUGUUUCCAUGGGGUUAGAUUUUAAAAUAAUGUAUGUGUCUCUAUCAUUUAAAAUUCUAUACGAUUCUUUCAAAUAAUCAUCACGAUUUAGAAUAACUAUACCUCCCCCUUUAUCUGCCUGUUUUAUGACAAGUUCAUGGUUUUCUUUAAGUUGUUUUAAAGCAUUUCUUUCUUUUUUAGUGAGGUUCUCCUUUCCGUUAUUCUUUGUUAUUAUCUCGAAUUCAUUUAGAACCAUAUCACUAAAAACCGGGAUGAAAUCUCCCUUUUCCCAAGUUGGAAAAAACUUUGAUUUGUGUUUCAGACCUGAAUAUAGAAUUUGUGGGGAUAUGGAUUCUAUAUUCUCUUUCUCACUGUUAUCGCCAAGUCCCUCGUCCUCUCUUUUCUUUUUCUCAAAGAAACGUUUGAUAGUCAGUUUCCUCAAAAAUUUCUGGAUAUCAAUAAAUAAUUCAAAUUGGUUAGGGCCUUUUUGUGGGGCAAAUUUCAAUCCUCUAUCUAAAAUGCUGGCUUCAGCUUUAUUCAAUUUAUAUUUAGAAAGAUUAAAAAUACCUUCUAGAUUAUCAUAGUUCUUAUUCUCUUCUAACUCUUUCAAUAAUCUGACAUUUCUCCCUCCUCCAUUUCCCCUAAUCCUCCUACGGCUCCUAGGAGUUUCCUCUUUUUGGGUGGAGUUUGAGCUGAACUUAGAGGGGUAAAUCUGUUCCUCUGUUGCCAGUAAUUUUUUAUUGUUGGACUUCUCAAAACUUGAUUCUUUUGUCCUCUUCCUAAAAAAUCUUUUUGUGUGGUUCUUACACUAUCUUUUGUCCUAUCUGUCUCCAUAAAUCUUGAUUUAUCCUUUCUCCUGACAAUGGGGUUUUCAUAUUUCAUUUUCCCAGAUUUAAUCGGGGUAUUCCACUGAACCCUAGAUGGUUUUUCAAUCUUUCUUCUAUCGUCAUUUUUAUAUGUUUGUCUCUCUAUAUUGGGAUAAGUCACUCUAUAAUUUGAUCUAUAGUUUUUAAAGUGUUUCUUUUUCCACUCUCUUUGUUUUCCAUUUUUAUAGUCCUCUUUGUCUCUAUUUAGUUUACCUUCUUUCGUAGUUAAAAUUUUUUCUUCUAAUUUUUCUAUUUUAUUAUUCAAUUCUAUACUGUGUUGUUGUAUUCUCUCUUCAGUGUAUUCAUUACUGAUUUCCGUUUCGAUAAUUUUUAUCUCCUUUUCUACUUCAUUUAUUUCACUCUGUUGGAAUUCUAUCAAUAAGUUCAUUAGUUUCAGGGAACAUUUCUCUAAAGUAUCGUUCCACUUAACCAUAAAAUUUUCAUUUUCUAACCCGAAGGCUGGUUGUUUUUCAAUUCUCAGACCUCUCGGGGUUAUUCCCAAUUUUAUAUAUUGCUGUAAAUAUUUUAUUUCCCACCAUUUUUUAACCUCUUUUUCUGCCAGUCUUUCUAACUUUAGAAAUAAGAAGCUUUUUUCUAUGGUGGGACUUAUCUCUUUUUUAGAAAAUAAAUUUUCAAACCUCUUAUUUCUUGCUUCUCUCAUAGAGGUAGUCAUUAAUCUACAAUAAGCCAUUUAUGUAGAUUGAUAUAGCAAAAUUAAGGAAUAUAUAACACAAUCACAAUCACAAUUGCUUUUUACGGCUGAAAUUCAGACGGAGAGUAUUAAUUUUUUAGAUCUUUCUUUCUUUGUAUCAUCAGGAGUAGUUUGUAAUAAAACUUUUUUUAAACCAACGGAUGGGAACAGCUUUAUAGAAUAUUCUAGCUGUCACCACCCCAAUUGGCUGAAUAAUAUACCGAAGGGACAACAAACGAGACUCCUUAGAAACUGUACUAACAAAAGUGAUUUUAAAGAACAAGUUAAAAUGUUAAACAAAAAAUUUGAAAAAAGACAUUAUCCAUCUCAACUUUUGAUCAAUUCAGAAAAACAGAUAGAAGACAAAGAUAGAAAUAAACUUUUAAAAGAUAAAAAGGUAUAUAAGAAAAACAAGAAGGAUUAUAGCAUCUCCUUUUUAACCAGAUACAACAAUAAAGCUCACCUUAUAGAGAAAACUAUGAAGAAAUUUUGGCCCAUUUUAAAACAAGAUCAACUUUUAAAGGAUAUUUUACCAAGUAAACCCCAAAUUAUUUACAAAAAGACCCAGAAUUUUAAAUCUAUUUUAGCUCCAAGCGCUCUACCCCGUGUCAAACCCACUAAAGAAGAAGCCACAACGGGCAAUUUUCUUAAAGAAAAACCAAAAGGUUUUUUUAAAUGUGGGCAGUGCAGUACAUGCAAAUUCCAAAAACAGAAAACAACAGAAUUUACCUGCACUGCCACUAAAGAAGUUUUUAAAAUAAAAAACUUUAUAAAUUGUCAGACAAAAAAUGUAAUUUAUCUACUUGAAUGUAAAUGUGGCAUACAAUAUGUGGGUCGUACAAUAAGAAAACUCCACAUUAGAAUCUUGGAACACUUUAAUGGGAUAAAAAGAGGGAAUAUAAAACAUAGUGUUCCCAAACAUUGUAUAAAUUGCACCCAUUUUAGUUUCCAGGAUUUUAGAUGUAUAGGGAUAGAUACGAUAAUUCCACAUUGGAGAGGGGGCGACACAGAAAAAGCGCUAGCCAUGAAAGAAACAGAGUGGAUCCAUAGACUCAAAACCACUUUUCCAAGAGGAUUAAAUGUUGAUUUAGAUUUAUUGGUGUUUAUGGAUUGAUUCUUAUAAAUUAUUUAUAAGAGUUUUUAAUUUUAAUUUUAAUUUUUUAUAAAUUAAUUAAUUUUUUAUGAAUUAAUCUUUUAUGAAUCAAUUUUUUUAAAAAAAAUUUUUGUAAAUAAUUUGGUUUUUAGAAAGUCCUUUUCAGUAAGUGGUAGUUUUAUCACUAUAUUAUAAUUUUUGUUUCCAUAGAAUUGGCAUUAAUUUGCACGAUUUGUAUUUUAUUAAUAAUUACAAUUUUUUAUCAAUAACUUUUUAAUGAAUUAACUUCCAAUGAAAUGAUCUCUCAUUUAUUUAUGAAUGAUUCUAAUAGAACCUAAUGAUGUCUUCGCCAGGUCUCUCAUCCGAAUAAAAUAAAAUGAUUAUUAGUUAUAUAUACAGUUUGUUAUAUGUAAAUAUCAGUUUUGUAUAAAGUAUUGUAACACUGUAUAAAAUGUAACAUGAUGUUUUUAUUACAUAUAUUUUUUAUAAUAUGUUUCUCAUAAUAUGUUUGUUUCUGUCUACAGUAUGCUUAAUUUCCCACUUCUAAUAGUAGAACUCUAUAUGUGAUGCACUUAAAAUGCCUUUUACCUUUGCCUUUUAAAAGAUGGUUCAUCAGUAUUUUAUGUAUGAAGAUCAACUAUGUAUGAUGAACAAAAGCUUGAAGUGCCCACAUAUUAUUCCGUAAGACCAAGUGGUCCGGUACGGAAAUGUGUUUUGUCGGCGCAAAGUAUCAAUAAAGUUGGUUUUGCGUUUCAAGCUGGAUGUGUGAGCAUGCGCGGUAAAGUUUUACCGUAAUGCGCAUGCGCGCAACACUGAAAGCCGCGCGAACCUGAUCAUUUAAAAAGCCGGAAGAAGAACAGAAACACACAGCUCUUGAAAAAGUCGAUCGGACGAAACGCGUCGAGCAGCUACAAGUCGGCCAGUGUCCCUAGUAUCUUUGGAUCUCAUCCACCUUCAAGCAGAUUAUUACUGGAGGCCAUUGGAACUUUUGAAAAUCGGGAUCCUGCUACAAGAGGGGACUCUAGCCCAAUUAAGGGCUGACAGGCUUUCUUAGCACAAUUAGGACAUAUGUUCUUGUUGUGCAACUACAUUUGUGAGUGCAAUUAUUUUUUAUUAUUUUUCUAUUUGUUAUUAAAUACUUCACUAUAUAUACUUUUAUUUUUAUCUCCUUAUAUGCAUACCCAUGAACAUACCAUGGUAAAUAUAUUCACAUGUUUGUGAUUGUGGCGCCCCCGGUGGUAUAUGUUUUUUAAACUAUACAUAUUUGCUUGUAUUUUAUUGGGAUUGGGAGUGAUCCCUAUUUCGGGGUGAUUAGCCUGCACUGUAUUUAGCACUUUUCCCCACUUACUGCUCCUUCCUUAUAUGUGUGUGUGUGAAUGUAUGUAUAUGUGUGUGUGUGAAUGUAUGUAUAUGUGUGUGUGUGAAUGUAUGUAUAUGUGUGUGUGUGAAUGUAUGUAUGUGUGUGUGUGUGUGAAUGUAUGUAUGUGUGUGUGUGUGAAUGUAUGUAUAUGUGUGUGUGUGAAUGUAUGUAUAUGUGUGUGUGUGAAUGUAUGUAUAUGUGUGUGUGUGAAUGUAUGUAUGUGUGUGUGUGUGUGAAUGUAUGUAUGUGUGUGUGUGUGAAUGUAUGUAUAUGUGUGUGUGUGAAUGUAUGUAUAUGUGUGUGUGUGAAUGUAUGUAUGUGUGUGUGUGAAUGUAUGUAUGUGUGUGUGUGAAUGUAUGUAUAUGUGUGUGUGUGAAUGUAUGUAUAUGUGUGUGUGUGAAUGUAUGUAUAUGUGUGUGUGUGUGAAUGUAUGUAUGUGUGUGUGUGUGUGUGAAUGUAUGUAUAUGUGUGUGUGUGUGUGAAUGUAUGUAUAUGUGUGUGUGUGUGUGAAUGUAUGUAUAUGUGUGUGUAUAUCUCUCCAUCUUUUUGGUUUUCUGGUUCCAGGUACAGUACAAACGAAGGCGAGACGUGGAAGACUUUCCAGUUCUCCAAAGAGCAGUUGCUGGUUUACGGGUUACUCACUGAACCUGGCGAGAAGAGCACCAUAUUUACCAUAUUCGGUUCAUACACGGGAACCGGGCACAGCUGGGUCAUACUACAGGUCAAUGCCAGCGAUGUACUUGGUACGGCGAGUGUCCAGGGGUUCUGUGCCCGUCUUGGGGUGAUAUUUUAUUUUUUUUGCCAUUGAACACAUUGCGCUGUGGUUAUUUAGAGGACGUGUCCAUCUCCUGUGUUGCACUGUUUGUAAAGCAAGUUAGAAAGAUAGAGGAAGUCCACUCUGAAGACACUGGAAAUGUAUAUGUAGGUAACUGAACUAACAUUAAACAAGUCUAAGCAGAUCUGUUAGGGGAUGUUUUCAGUUUAUGGGUUACUCCAGAGAGAAGUCUGGCGUUAUGUCCUGAUUGGUCUAUUCUUUUUCUAGUUAAAUGCAUGCUGUGUAGAUUUAUGGCCAUAACUAUGGGUUCCCUAUAAUGUCUGUUUGUGUAUGCACCCCUCUACAUUUCGCUCACCCUCUGAUCGUGGCCAGAAAGCUCGCCUAUUGGAGGAGGGAUUUGUGUUGGUUCUUGUUAAUUUAAUUCCCGCCAUUCACAGUUCCUGUACAUUACAAACACAUUUGAAGGGCAUCUCCGCUCUUCAAAUAAUUGAGGUUAGUUUUGAUUAGAAUGUGUAAAUUGACUUUAAUCUGGUGAUUACAUACCCUAAUUAUUAUGAUUUAUAAAGUGCAGAAUUGUACAGGUUUACACUCAUACUUUCUCUGAAUAUCUCCAGGUAUCCCAUGCUCAGAAAACGACUAUAAGCUAUGGUCUCCAUCUGACGAGCGCGGCAAUGAAUGCUUGCUGGGACGUAAAACUGUUUUUAAAAGGCGAACGCCUCAUGCCACCUGCUUUAAUGGGGAAGACUUUGAUCGGCCAAUUACCAUCUCUAACUGUUCCUGCACCAGGGAAGAUUUUGAAUGGUAUAGAUCUGUUUCUGUUCUCUUCCCUCUACCUGUGAUAAAGGCCCACAGGUUCUGGAACUUGUUUAUUGAUUUUAAAUAAGGGAGAUUCCAUCUGCAGAGGGCCGGCCUACAAACCGUGUGCACUUUCUCCUUUAGUUGAAUGAUCAUGUUUCAUAUGUUUUUAUAACCAUGUUAGAUUUUCUCCCAUUUGUAAUGAAAAGGUUACCAAAAAAGCCUUAAAUUCCAGUUUUAUAACUUAAAAUUGUUUUAAACAAAAAAAUAUUCCCAGUCCUUCAGGUAAUACUUGGAAUUUGGAAGGAAGUGGAGAUAUUUUUCACAAAUAAUUGCUGAUAUGGGAAUUUGUGCUGUUACCCCAUGACUCGUAUUGUAGAGAGAAUAUCUCAGUAACUCUUUACUAUCGGACACAUUUCUUUAUUCUUAAAGGAACACUAUAGCGUUAGGAAUACAAAUGUGUAUUCCUAACGCUAUAGAGCCCUAGACACCUAAACGGUGACUAGGGCUCCGUUCCGAAGCAAAUAAACGGUUAACAAUUUAUUUGCUUACCUUAAUCCAGCGCCGGGCUCCCACAGCACUGGUGACCUCUCCUCCUCCAUCGGUCAGCUCCCGGUUGGAACCGAAUGUGCAGCCAGAGGAGGUCACGCAUUCAAACCCGCAAAUAGGAAAGCAUUACUCAAUGCUUUCUUAUGGGGAUCUUUUUUGACGUUGGAGGUCCGUGAGUGCGAUUUACUCAGGAAGACCGCCACUAGAGGCUGGAUUAACCCUGCAGUGUAAACAUAGCAGUUUCUCUGACACUGUUUUCAGCUUCAGGGUUCAAACUAGGGGGACCUGACACCCAGAGAACUUCAUGGAGCUGAAGUGGUCUGGGUGCUUAUAGUGGUCCUUUAAACAAUAAAGUCACUUUUGCUUAAUGCGGCGCUGUUUUCAUUUUGCAGUGCCUGCUCCCAUAUCAAUUGUCACACAGCCGCUAGGGCCUUGGACUAAAAUGGAUUCAAUAAAGAAAUACUGGAUGCUGUGUAAACAUGCAUUGUAUAGACAGAUUGCAGCUAUGUAUCGAAAUCUAAAAAAAAUAAAAAGUAUGGGGGAUCCGUAAAUACAAAUGGAUAAAGAAACACACAGAAGUAGAUGGAAAUAAUUCUUUACUCUGUGUCCUAUUAUUGCUGAAAUUUCCUUAACGCCCAGAUUAGAUGAAGAAAAAAGUAUAUUUUGAUAUUUGGAAUGUUCUGGGAUUAUUUGCAUGCUAUGUGUAAUGUUAGACCGGCCAGUACUUGUAUACCUGCAUUUAAUCCUUCUCCUCCCUCUUCUCCAGUGACUUUGGAUUUAAGCCAAGUCGGGAUUUGCUAUCAGAAGUCUGUGUUCCUGACCCGGACUUCACCGGCAAACUAUACCCAAUCCCUGAUCCUUGUCCUGUGGGGGCCACAUAUAAACGAACCAAAGGGUAAUUAUAGCAAACUUUGCUCUCUAACUUGUUCGCUCCGGGUAUAAAAGACAGUGUCCUCCUUUUUGCCAUGUCAUCGCUGGGUAGUUCUUGUUUGGGGCAAGUGUUUCAGUGAUGGCUCUUUACUCAUGUUUUCUGGGUUGUCGAGCUUGGAUUUAAUGCACGUUUAUCGUAUUAUUAAUGCUGGGGCAUUAAAUAGUUUGUUUUGUUACAACCACUGGUUCUGCUUCCAGUUAUCGCAGGGUUUCUGGAGACACGUGUUCUGGGGGUGAUGUUCAUAGUCGCCUGGAAGGAGUGGAAGUUGCUUGCCCUGUAGGAGGUAAAAUUUCUAGAUUAAUUUAUUUGAAUUUACCAAUAUUACAAACUGAUCAUUCCCACACAAUUCUUAUUACUGACUCACUGGCUGUAAAGGGCCUGUUAUAAGGUAUGUGGAAGCAGCAUGGCUAUUCCUGGUAACGUUCAGACACGAGUCUUGAGUGCUGCACAGCCCACUUUCACAGGUGCAGAUAUGCUGCCAUCUUCCCAAGAUGCACUGGGCACACCUCUUUAACAUUUAGCUAUACUAACAUGAAUUCUCUGGGUUCCUUCAGAUGUGCUGAUGGCUUGCCUUAUCCAAGGGAUCUUGGGGAUUUAAAUAGUAUACCAAAUUGUCAUGACCGCCUCAAAUAUAAUGCUUCAAAGAUUAAAGUCUCACUCUAGGUACCAUAACCACUACAUGAGCAUUUAGAUAUUAGGGUGCAGGUUCUGUCUCCCGGACACACCAUUCUCCUGAAUGUCUAGUUUAGUAGUACCACUUUUAUAUUGGAAAUAUCAAUUUCCUCCAUAUUUAAAAUAAUUUACUGGCCAAAUGGGUCUGCUGACCUCUAAAUCGGAGUGUAGUGGUUAUAGUUGUAGAAAUAAAAAUAGGCAGGUAUUAAGUGGAUGCUUAGUGCUAAUGUAGAAUACUCUAACGUCUAGGUGGGGUCCCCUUUACCUUCACCAAUAGUAUAAAAUAUAAAUAAGAUAUUAUCUUACAUGCACAUAAGAGAACAAUUCUUUCUAUUAGAUAAAACUCCUAUAAUAAAACAUAAAAGACAAAUAAUGGUGCAAUAUCGUUUGAACUUGUGGGAAAAGUGUCAAUAUUUCCAAUGAAUUUACACUCGCAAGUAGGGAGCCAAUAAGUAUUAGGCUCAAAUAUUCAGCUUUGUGGGAUAUAGGGGGUCCCACUCCCUCCUCUGUAUGUAAAGGAUCCCCCUUUGAUUGCAGUCACAGGCAUGCAGUAAAUGUAACAAAAGUGCUUUAUUCAUUAAAGUGCACAAUGUAUUAUGAAUAAAAUAAAUUAAAAAACCUUCCAGUCUGUACUGGUAAGUCCUUAAAAUGUAGCAAAACGCGUUUCGCCUCUCUAAGAGGCUUCCUCAGUUUCUGGCUUUCUGUCCUAUGAGUAGUGUUCCUUUUGAAUCUGUUUCAGCUUUGUUUUUUCCGUCCUUUCUCUGUUACUUCCGGGUAUCGUUUCUCUGUCACGCGGUUCCGGGUUUUGCGUUCCAUCAUUGGAACGCAUGAAAAAAACGAUUGCGGAUUUCCUGUUACUCUCUAAGCUGAAACGCAUCCUUGUGUUCCAUAUAUCAUCUCCCUCCGAUUUGUAGGUUGUCUUUAUUCCUGUGGUGCGCAUACAUGCGUUCCAAAUAUCCCAUAAUGUCUCUCAAUGCAAUAAAAAGGAGAAUGGAAAAUACAUUAAUAGUUUGAAGCUAAGAAUAUUAAAAUUGUCAAUUAAAAAUACAUUCAUGCACAUUAUGGUGUGAAUAGGUGACAGUUUAGUGAUUCUGAUCAUAAAGAUAGAUGUGCAGACUGUGCAAGAAAAUAAAAUUAUUAUAUAUAUAUAUAUAUAUAUAUAUAUAUAUAUAUAUAUAAAUAUAAUAUAUGCCUGCUAUUUUACAAACAUGUAAAGCUCUAACAUACCAAGAAAUAAGGUAUAUGAGACUAUGGUGGUAUAUUGUGUAUAAAGAUUGCUUCUGAAAGUUCCUAUACUGGUUAGGAUGCAUGGGAUCCACUAUUUAGUAUGUCUCAGAAGGAGAAAUAUUUAAUCAUAAAGAAGUUUGGAUAGAAGUUAGGGUAAAUUCCCUAUUUGGUAUAUUGUAGUAUAUGGGACACAAUACGUUAUUUAUAUAAAAACACAUGAUAUUUAAAAAGGUAUACAUAAAAUGCAUACUGUAUAAAGUACUUACCCAUGAUUAUUAAAAACCAUAUGUGUUUAAGAUGGUGUACAAAAAACGCCUACUGUAUUAAGUACAUGACCACGAUUUUUAAAAGGGGCAAGUAUCAAUAUAUAAAAGGAUGCAGGUAAAACCCUAUUAUUGGGCCUUUAAAACGAUUAUAAUAAAAGUAUAUUAAGAAAACUGUUGGGUAUGUCUUCAUAUAAAGAUCAGAAGAACUAAAGAUAAAAAAUAAAUAUAUACUACAGGUGGGGGAAUGGAGGGAGUUCAUUUAAAAUGACAGACUUCAAAGUCAGAGUUAAGGCCGUGUGGAGAUAAUGUUUUAAAAUUAAAUAUGAAUUUCAUUUCUUCUUUUCCUAAUUUUUUUAUGUAAUCCCCUCCUCUCCAAUCUUUUUUUUAUAGCACAAAAGAAAAGGCCUUCUGGAUUCUGAUUGUGCUUGCUUGAAAUGUAGCGGAACACUAUGGGUUUCCAUUCCAUUUUUAAUAUUUCUAAUGCGUUCCACUAUUCUAGUUUUGAGGGGUCUAAUCGUUCUCCCUACAUAUAAUGGAUCACACGGACAUUUGAGAAUAUAUAAUGCCUUUCGUGUGGCAGGUCAGAUGAUCUGUUUAUAGUGUAAAUUCAUUGGAAAUAUUGACACUUUUCCCACUAGUUCAAACGAUAUUGCACCAUUAUUUGUCUUUUAUGUUUUAUUAUAGGAGUUUUAUCUAAUAGAAAGAAUUGUUCUCAUAUGUGCAUGUAAGAUACUCUCUUAUUUAUAUUAGUGGUUAUAGUGACUAGACUGACUCUGUAAUAACACCAAGUUUUAGUUGGUUGUCACCUUACGUAAAAAUCAAUAAAUUGCAGCAAACAGAAUAUAGUAAUAUUUUUCUAAUAAGUUCCGGAGACCCAGGCCGUGUGUUUCAGGCUGCCGAGCAAGCGAUUAGAAUCAGGAAAUGACAGUUUGUACUUUACCACCUUACUGGGUUUCUUCGAUCCAAUGUACAUUUCUUAAUGCCGCUUAACUCUUACUCAGUCUUUGUGUGUUUACAGUGGAGAAUGAGUUCAUUUUAUAUGCUAUGAGAAGCUCUAUCUAUCGCUACGAUCUUUCCUCUGGCGUCAGUGAAGAGCUCCCCCUGAAGGGCCUGCGCAGUGCGGUGGCGCUGGACUUUGACUAUCAGAGCAACUGUUUAUUUUGGGCAGAUGUCACGCUUGACCUCAUUCAGGUAACGAGGCUUUAAAAUACUUACCAUGAGCUCUCCCCAAACCAGGUAAUAACGACUAUGCUUCCCAAAGCAUUGCCAAGUGUUUCUCUGUAAGCAGUGUUUCAUAGACACAGCAACGGUUUCUAGGAGAUGUAGUUAAAGGACCAUUAAAGUCACUCGGGUAAUUUUAUCUCAAUAAUAAUUCUCAAUGAAGUGAUCUGGGUGCAGGGUCUUUUUACUUUUUACCCUGAUACCUUGCAGUUGCGAUGUGAUGCGGAAGUCUCGAUAGUAAGGCAUCGAUUCAGGCAUGGAUGGGUGUGGUGUACCAGGUCCCAAGUACUGUACUAUAACGAACCUUGGUUUGGACCAUUGUGGAGGUGAUCAGUGCUGAGAGAAUCUCCGUGCUGGAAAAAGAUAAUUCAAUUGUUUUUAUUUUAUCACAAAUGGAGGGAGAAACUCUAUUUUACUAGGGAUAGUGACACAAAAGCCAAAAGACACAAAUACCAAAUUAUAUUCCUAAUGCUUUAGUGUUCCUUUCAUUUGUAAACUUUCUGAUGUACAAAGCUUGAACUCAUAUGUAGCAAUACUUUUUAUGCCUCUUUUGUUUAUUUAAAAAAAAAAAAAACGGCAGAGUAUAAAAUGCUAACUGCAACCUAACCUACACAAUGCACCUAACGUGUGUGGGAGCCUUGAGUGUCCCUUUAAUAAUAUAAACCCACCCAGUAUAACUGUAACCUAACCUACACAGUGCAUCUAAUGUGUGUGAGAGCCUGGAGUGUCCCUUUAAUAUAAACCCACCCAGUAUAACUAACUGUAACCUAACCUACACACUGCAUCUAACGUGUGUGGGAGCCUGGAGUGUCCCUUUAAUAAUAUAAACCCACCCAGUAUAACUAACUGUAACCUAACCUACACAGUGCACCUAACAUGUGUGGGAGCCUGGAGUGUCCCUUUAAUAAUAAAAACUCACCCAGUAUAACUUACUGUAACCUAACCUGCACAGUGCAUCUAACGUGUGUGGGAACCUGGAGUGUCCCUUUAAUAAUAUAAACCCACCCAGUAUAACUAACUGUAACCUAACCUACACAGUGCACCUAACGUGUGUGGGAGCCUGGAGUGUCCCUUAAAGUUGCAGUAAGGAGACCUAAAAAGGAUUUAAAAAUAGUGAGUAAUGAAUUUCUGUAGAAGUAAUGCAUUUUGUUUUAUUUAUGAUGUUUCUGUGAGUAAUUAUGUAAUUAUAAUUUCCUGCUUUCUGAUUAUUUCUGUAGCGUCUCUGUUUGAAUGGAAGCUCUGGACAGGAAGUUAUUAUCAGGAGUGGUUUGGAGACCGUGGAGUCCUUGACGUUUGAUCCUCUAAGUCAAUUAAUCUAUUGGGUUGAUACGGGAACAAAGAAAAUUGAGGUUUGUAACAGGGUUUUUGAAUCUUCCUACCCCUCCUGGUAUUUCUGCAUUGAAUAUGGCCCUUUAGAAUGUGGAUAUUUCUAGGUUGUGAUGUUUGUGCACUGGCUAUGCUUUGCUCUGUGCACACAGUGACUGAGGCAUAGAUUGGGUUUGUUUUGAUUAUUGUGAACUGAUUUUAAUGGACUUUUUCACCUGUACAAGGUGUUUGUCAUUAUAAUGUUUAUGUGAACGCCAUAUUUUUUAGAAUAUUAACCUGUGCUGUUCCUGCUGUUCUGUAGGUAGCCAACACAGAUGGAGAUUUGCGUCUUACGAUCCUAAAUUCUACGGUUCUAGAUAAACCCAGGGCUUUGGCUUUGGUGCCUUCUGAAGGGUGAGUAUAAGAAAGGAUUCAUCAAAUGUUAAAAACCAACUCCUGGGUCUGAACGUCGAGCCAUAGCUACGCUCAGGGUCCUUGAAUACACGGGGCACGGUGUGUAAUGCAGUCACUGGAGGUGUUACUGGCAGUACCUCUUCAACCUUUCUUUCUUCUCUGGAUAAAGUAAUGAGGAAUGUUAAGUUGGGUAAUAUCUACUCCUAGGAAUAUCAUAAAACGUACUGAUAAAAUGAUUGUGAUUAUUGUACAUAUAAAACAUGUGCAGUGAUCUGGCCAUUGAAGCAUUACACGGUUCUUUUUAUUGUAUGUGCUUUCCUCAUCGAGUUCUGCUUUGUGCUGUUAUCAGUCCGGCUCCCAUUGUCAUAUUUUCAGACAGGGAUCGGUUCUGGAUUAUUCAAGGUAUUACCAGAGAUCCCUAGUGGAUGAGUCUCUGUGUUACGGUCAUGCGAGGUUCAUGCAUUAGGCUGUUUCCAUGGUAACCGUGAAAAUUAGUAAUUUAUUUCUCCUUAUUGUAAAGCUGAGAAAAUGGCCUUUAAAUUUGUGUUUUGUACAUUAGAUCCAGUAAGAUUCUGUGAGGCCCGGAAUCUUCCUGGCUUUUAUAACCUGCUCAUUGUUUAUGGACCCCUUUGGGUAUGAUGCUCACAGGAAGGAUUUAGUGGGUGAUUCCUGAGCACUCUGAUUCCUUCCUGUACAGAGUUUAUACAAAGGCUGGAAACCAGGUUUCCGGGGAGGAACUGUGGAAUUUCACACUUUCGAUUUUUAGUAAAUUUGUCUUUAGCCGGGUUUACAUCAGGUUAGAGUACAUGAGCAUGAUUAACCAAUGUAUAAUGCCUAAAGGGCAUAUUCCAUAUAAGACCUGGGCAUUUGUUUUCUGAAGAAUCACAUUUAGGAUUCAAAUCUGUUCAAAGUUUCAGAAUUUGGCUGAUUGAGCUGAUCAUCCGAAGAACAGACUAAUGUAAAAAAUUCUUCCAGGUAUUAUUGGAUCAUUAGUGCAUUCUAGUAAAUUCAUUAAACUGGUCUCGUAUAUGAGAUUACUGUAUUCAAGGGUGAUUAAAUAGUAAUCGUGUUUGGUAGAAUGCUCCCUAAUCUGAUAUCCAUAAAUAACACUACCACAAAAGGGUAGCAAACCACGUUAUUGCAGUACGCGGCACUGCUCUCAGAUUGAAAUUUAGCUCCAUAAAAGAUUGUGGAUUCGAUGAUUACCUAUAUAAACUUUGCCACACACUAUUAUUAUUAUUUAUAUAGCGCCAUCACAUUCCGUAGCGCUGUACAUUGGGUGGACUAACUGACAUGUAAUUUUAACCAGACAAUUGGACGUACAGGAACAGAGAGGUGGAGGGCCCUACUCAAUGAGCUUACAUUCUAGAGGGAGUGGGGAAUAGUGACACAAAGGGUAAAAGUAGGGGUACAAAGUAGGUUUAGAAAAGUAUUCAUUGAGGGCUUAGGUCAUUUUUGACAGUUGCAGGAGAGGAGCCCCGUGACUGGGGGAUAAAAACCUGCUUACAGUUUAACUAAUAUGCUUUCUUGAAGUGAGUUUUCAAUGUUUUUUUGAAUGAGUGUAGACUGGGUGAAAGUCUUAUGCAGAAGGGAAGGGCGUUUCACAGAAGAGGUGCAGCCCUGGAGAAAUCUUGGAAGCGAGCGUUAGAGGUGGGAGUACGGACAGAGGAUAGACGUAGGUCUUUGGCAGAGCGUAGGGGCCUUGACGGGACAUACUUGUGUAUUAGGGAGGAUAGGUAGGUUGGAGCAGCAUUAUGUAGGGACUUGUAAACAAGCACCAGAAUGUUAAAUUGAGCCCUAUAUUUAACUGGAAGCCAGUGCAGGGUCUGACAGAGCAGGGAGGUGUGGGAGGUGUGAGCGGACAGGAAAAUGAGCCUCGCCACUGCAGUCAUUAUAGAUUGCAGUGGUGCAAUCUGGGAAAACGUAAGACCACUGAGAAGGGUAUUGCAGAAGUCAAGGCGAGAGAGAACAAGAGCAUGGACCAGCACCUUAGCCGCAUCUGGGGUUAAAUAGGGGCGAAUGUGCGCUAUGUUUUUGAGAUGGAAGUGACAGGAUUUGGGGAUUGAUUGGAUAUGAGGGGUGAAGGAGAGGUUGGAGUCAAAAAGAACACCCAGGUAGCGAGCAUGUGAGGUAGAGGUGAUGGUAGCGCCGUUGACUUGGAGGGAGACACACAGGAGUAGUAACACUUGAGGGAGGAAAGACCAGAAGUUCUGUUUUGGACAGGUUGAGUUUAAGGAACUGAGCAGCCAUCAAGUUGGAGAUUGAAGAGAGGCAGUCAGAGACACGAGUCAAGAUGGGUGGAGAGAGAUCAGGAGAGGACAGGUAGAUUUGCGUGUCAUCCGCAUAGAAAUGAUAACGGAAGCCAAAGGAGCUGAUCAGUUUACCAAGGGAGGCAGUAUAGAUAGAGAACAGUAGGGGGCCGAGGACAGAACCUGGGGGGGGACAGAGAGUGGUUGGGGGGAAGAGACAGUCAGAGAAAGAAACACUGAAAGAGUGCUGGGAGAGGUAGGAGGAGCACCAGGAGAGAGCAGUAUCCCGUAGACCAAAAUUACGGAGAAUGCAAAGAAGCUGUUGAUGAUCAGCAGAAAGAUCAAGGAGAAUUAGGAUAGAGUAAUGGCCGCAAGAUUUAACAGCGAUUUAAAUCGUUGGAUACUUUGGUCACAGCUGUUUCGACAGAAUGACCAGCGCGGAAUCCAGACUGAAGGGGGUCAAGCAGAGAGUUGGAUUCGAGAAAGCCAGUCAGUCUGAUGUACACAACUCUCUCUCGAGGAUCUUGGAGGCAAAUGGCAAUAGCGAGAGAGGACGGUAGUUGGAUGGGGAGUUGGGGUCAAGGCUGGGCUUUUUACAGAAUUGGGGUUACAGUUGCAUGUUUGAAGGGAGAGGGAAAUGUGCCAGAGAAAAGGGAGAGAUUGAAGAGUUUAGUGAGAGGAAGAGCCAGAGAGGGAGACAAAGUGCGGAUGAGAUGCGAGGGAAUAGGAUCGAGUGAACAGGUGGUGGGGCUGGAGGACCGGAGCAGAGCACAAACCUCUUCUGCUGUAGCAGUUGCGAAUGAGUGUAGAAUGGUGGAGGGAGUGGGGUUGGGUGAUGUAUUGGUAGGGGAAGGAGAGAGAUUAGCGAUCUCUUCUCUGAUUGUAGAGAUCCACACAUUGACACAAGCACACUGAAUGUUUACUAAACACCAUGCUCUAGAAAUCUGAUCACCUGGGAGGUCCCAGCAUUGGAAACCCAAUUCCUCAGAAUACAUUGUAACAUGCUACGCUCUAUUUGUAUAUCUACAUGAGUUAUACGCAUAUCUGUGUUGUAUUAUUGCCAUCACAAAGUUCCUAAUUUUAACAAAUACUACUCUGCAUAGGCAACCAUAUGCUAUUUACAAGAAUUGCAAACUGUUUCCUUUCACAUUACAAUCAAAAGGGUAGCAAAUUAGGAAGCCUUCUAUUAAAUGGAUCAGUCCUUUGGUACCCUAACAUAUGGCAAUCCCAUCUUCGGGGACCAAUUUUAUUUAGGGAGCUAUCCACGAAGCUGAAAUAUAAAAUUUAGGAAAAGGUUUUUAAUCUUCCUGUUUAGUAGAUGGCUCCCUAAUUUGGAAGCCAAAACUGGGAGCUAUGUACUGAACACCAUUCACGCUCUAAUUUGGUAACCUUAAAUCUGGAAAGUCCACACAAGGGAACCAAAUUGGGCUCUUCUAACCACUGAAAGAUUUGCCGGUGAUUGGGAUUUCCAUUCAGUCUAAAGGAAUGCUGCAAACUGGAAACAUUGGACAAAUUUCAGCAGAGUAGAAUAGACUAAUGGACAAAAUCAUUUUAAUCUGAACUUAUUUAGAGGAACCAAAAUUUUCAGCAGAGUACAAAUCUACACUGUAUCUCUUGUACUGUGAGAGAAGUAUAGAAAUAAUGAAGAAAUUGAGAUCUAUAUUUAUUGACCGUCUCUAAACAGCUUUACAUAUAACAGCACAUUCUGGGCUUCUCGGCUUUGAAGGCUGUUAGAAUGUAUAACUGGGUCUAAUGCCAGUCUUUGCAAUGUGUGCCCUGCCUGUGCCUUUUCUGAACUGUAUUGUAAUGUAAUUUGCCAAAUCUCUAAUAUAAAUUUAAAAGAAAUGCAGCAUGUUGAAACCAAUGUUAACACAGUUACAUUGUAUUCAGUGGUGUGAUAUCCAGAGAAGUAACCGUUCCCAUUUUGUACUCUGAACAUACUGACCUAUCUAGGUUGAAUGUUAAGCUGUUGCUGUGGAUUUUGUUAAACUGUUCUUGUGUUAUUAGCCUGAUGUUUUGGACAGACUGGGGAGAUGAACGACAUGGGAUUUACAGAAGUGAGAUGGAUGGAUCUGGCGUGACUCAUCUGGUCUCAGAAGGCAUUAAGUGGCCCAAUGGUAUUACUGUGGACGAACAAUGGAUUUACUGGACAGAGUCUUACAUGGAUCGAAUUGAAAGGAUUGAUUUUAAUGGACAGCGUCGGCUGGUCGUACUGGAAAAUCUACCGCAUCCAUAUGCCAUCGCUGUGUUUAAGGUAAAGGAUUUUAAUGAGACUGCAGAAAUAAGCCAGGCCUUGAAAUUUUCAUCUGUAUUUUAUUUAUCAACCUGUUAAAUGGAAAACACCUAAAGUGUCAUAUCUGACUGUACUCCUUAAGAAAUCACUUAUUUCCUGUACCCAGUUGAGGCUCCAGAUUUGCAGCAAACAAUGGACUCUUAUGGCUGUGUAUAAUUUCUGUUCAUUUUGCUUUCUGAAGCAGCAACGCCAUAAAUUUAAAUUCAAUUCUAGUCUUUGUUAAUGUCCUUACUAAAUAAAUCUACCUUUGCUUUGCUAGCAUUUUGUAAAUUCUGUUUCAGAAUGAAAUCUAUUGGGAUGACUGGUCACAGCUAAGUAUUUUCCGAGCUUCAAAAUACAAUGGCGCAAAGAUGGAGGUUGUGAUUGGACGCCUAUCUGGAGUCAUGGAUAUGAAAAUUUUCUACAGAGGAAAAUCGGCAGGUAACACAUAGGAUUUGAUUGCACUUUUUAUUACCAAAUAUUCUGUCAUUUCAUUAUCAGAAUUCAAGUAGUUUAUUCAGGGUUGUAUUUCCCAAAAGCAUGUUGCACAGAACUGGGGGAUACUGAGAAGGAAAUUUAGAACCCCACGAAUAUCUUGCCUACUGUCUGUUUCAGUCUUGCACCACCCCUAAUGUUGUCUCUUUUUUGGAUGGAGUCUGGAAGUGACAGUGGUACUUGGAAUGUUUCAGAUGGAAAUAUAAGAGUUUAUUUUAACUCUGGCAUCUGAAUACUUUAUUUGUAAAAUAAGUUGAGUAUCUUGAAUGUGGUGUGAUGUCUAAAGUGCUGGAUGACUGGCGUCUAUUCUGAUAUAGUUUUAAUCUUGGAAUCCCCAUCACUGCUCGUAAUUUACAAACAUUUUGUUUCUGGGAUGACCUCUAAAUAUACCUGAGUUAAUAUAUACAGAUGGUUAAGAUUCUUCAGCCAUAUUGGAUAUCUGUUCUUACUCUAAACAGGGCACAACGCCUGUGUUUUAAAGCCCUGCAGCCUCUUCUGCCUUGCAAAAGCCAACAAUAGCUGGUCCUGCAGGUGUCCAGAGGGAGUGAGGGAAUCUCAACUGCCGUCUGGGGAGACCCAGUGUGAGUGUCCACAGGGUUACCAACUGAAGAACCAGACCUGCACGAAGCAAGGUAAUUAAUAAAAUACUGAGUAGCUUGUGCUCUCUGACAGAUCCAACAAUUUGAAAAAUACUUAAUGUCAUUCUGUUGUAGCAGUUUCCGGCACCCAUAGCUUUACAGCGAGUUAUCGCUUGUAUUCAGUCAUUAACUUAUUUUUAUUAGGUACAUGGACUUAUGGAUGUCUGAGAGUCGGGGGAGAUGAGACAAAUCACCUUACUAUCCAUUGCGCUGAAUAUGGGUUAUACUCAUAGAAGAAUUUAACCGCCAUUUUUCUGAAAUCCACUCUCCAAAGCGGAAACGAUUUCUGAAUCUAAACCUAGGGCGCAGGGGAGAUGGUUAUAGUCAAUGUAUUCCAGCUCAUAACUGACAUGUGAUAUGCAGGACAGGGAAAUAUUUUUAAUUCUGUUUAGCUACGCCAAUAUGGUCACCUUAUAGGUGUGGGUGGAAUUCUACUCGGAAUGAUUUGCCAAAUCUCAAAAUGGGUUCUGUCAGACAGAAAAUGUUAAAACUAGUACGAAUUUUUCAUCAAAAUUGUAACAUGUUUAACAAAUCGUGUAGUUAAAAUAUUAUGCAAAUAAAGCAAUAUUUAAAAUUAAAUUCACAGAAAGCUUUUGACCUAGAGAGUGUCUGUCGAUGCACUGCUUCAUGGGUCUCUUCGCAGAUUCUGAUCUAUGGGUUUGGUCCUGUCCUAUUAUCCCCUGCAUAGCUAAGGCUUCUGGGAUAAGUAGUUUAUCCUCACCUGCAGUUUUGUGGGUGUUGCCAAUUUUUAUUUCACUGUUGGCUGAACUGCGGAACAUGCAUGCGCAAUCUGUGACUUCCCUAUUGAGUGUGGUGUGCACAUGUGGCACGCACAGUGCAGAGAAAAUUGGUAAGAGACAACAUGGAACUAAGUGUUCUAGGCUACCUUAUCACUGUGUGAAUGAGUUUGGUGUGCACGGUGUCCCUUAAGAUCCUGCCAUAAUUCAUUUGUUUACAGCACUAAACAGAUUAUUGGCAAUAUUGGAUUAUAUGGGGGAAUCAGAAGGGAAAAAACCCCAGAAUAUUUUGAAUUAUUAUUCCUAAGUGAAUCCUGUUUUCACCCGCUCUCAGAUAAAACAUGCCUGCCAACUCAGUACAGGUGCAGCAAUGGGAACUGUAUAAGUGGUAUUUGGCGAUGUGACAGCGACAAUGACUGCGGGGAUAUGAGCGACGAGAAAAAUUGCCGUGAGUAAUACUUAGAUUGUUAUUGGUAAAUGAACUUUAAAAAGUAUAUAUUUUAUUCUGUUCUGAUUGGUUGUGGUAGAAUGUGUUAUAUUGGUUGCGAAUAGGAUGCGCACAAUGUCGGGUGGGGCAGUAGACACGCAAUGUCGGCUGGGAGGGAGGGGGGGCCAGGAGGCGUGCAAUGUCUUCCUGAGUAUUAACAUAAUAUUAGGGGUGGGUUAAUAUACAGGUGAUACUCAAAAAAUUAGAAUACUGUGCAAAAGUUCAUUUAUUUCGGUUCAAGCCGUGAUUUGUCAAGUGCGAUGAUUAUGGCUUACAGCUCAUGAAAACCCCAAAUCCACAAUCUCUGUAAAUUAGAAUAUUGUAAGAAAGGUACAAUAUUCAAGGCUCACACUGUCCCAUUCUAAUCCGCUAAGUAAGCCAUAACACCUGCAGAGGGUUUCUGAGACUUUAAAUGGUCUCUGUCUGGUUCAGUAGGAAUCACAAUCAUGGGGAAGACUGCUGACCUGACAGUUGUGCAGAAAACCACCAUUACACCCUCCAUAAGGAGGGAAAGCCUCAAAAGGUAAUUGCGAAGGAAGUUGGAUGUUCCCAAAGUGCUCUAUCAAAGCACAUUAAAGGACCACUAUAGUGCCAGGAACCCAUACUCGUUUUACUGGCACUAUAGUGCCCUGAGGGUGCCCCCUCCCGAUGGGCUGGAUGGAGAGGAAGGGGUUAAACUUACCUCUUUUUCCAGCCCGGAUGGGGAGCUCUCAUCCCUCUUCUCCUCCUCUUCGGCUGCAUGCGUGGCAAGAGCCACACGCCCAUUCAACCAGUCCAUAGGAAAGCAUUUACAAUGCUUUCCAAUGGACGCUGGCGUCGUCUUACUGUGAAAAUCACAGUGAGAAGCGCCUCUAGCGGCUGUCAAUGAGACAGCCACUAGAGGCUGGAUUAACCCUGCUAUAAACAUAGCAGUUUCUCUGAAACUGCUAUGUUUAUUUAAAAAAAAAAAAAGGGUUAACCCUAGCUGGACCUGGACCACAGGCUGAUAGCUUCCAUGCCACGCCGCAUUGAGGCAGUAAUUGCUGCAAAAGGGGCCGAAACCAAGUACUGAGUACAUAUGCAUGCUUAUACUUUUCAGAGGUCCGAUAUUGUUCUAUGUACACUCCUUGUUUUAUUGAUUGCAUGUAAUAGUCUAAUUUACUAAGAUUGUGGAUUUGGGGUUUUCAUGAGCUGUAAGCCGUAAUCAUCGCACUUAUGACAAAUCACGACUUGAACUAUCUUGCUUUUCCUAUAAUGCGUCUAUUUCAUAUAUUAUUUUCCCCUUUUACGUUGCAUUACUGAAAUAAAUGAACUUUUGCACGAUAUUCUAAUUUUUCGAGUAUCACCUGUACGUUGUAUGUGAGAAUGUAACACUAUAAAGCUGUGAGGCCCACGCUGUGGCUGAUAUUUACGAUUUGUUUAUCGUGCAGUAUUCCGGCAUCGUUACAGAGAAUCAAAGUCCUCGUUCACAGAGCUAACUAUCUUUCACAUAUAUACUUCUUUUAUUGUUUAACAGCGACUACCACCUGUGACCCCGAAACUCUAUUCAGAUGCCAGGGAUCAGGAGCCUGCAUCCCGCUCUCAUACAAAUGUGACCUGGAAGAUGACUGCGGGGAUAACAGCGAUGAGAUUCACUGCGGUGAGAUGCCUUACAUCUUAUAGAAUGCGAGAGGACAAAUAUUCUUUUUAUAGAAUGUGGGGGGGGGAGGUCGGAUUUCCUUUUUAUAGAAUGUGGGGAGAGGGGAGGGCGGAUUUCAUUUUUAUAGAAUGUUGGUAGGGCGGAUUUCAUUUUUAUAGAAUGGGGGGGGGGGGUUUAUAUAUAGAAUGUUGGGGAAAGGUUUACUAUUAUAGGAUACGAGACAAACAUUUUGCCAUAAAUCUCCCCCAAACACAUGUAGAACAGGGUGACUCUUUCUCUCAUCUACAGAAGCUCACCAGUGUAAAGACGAUGAAUUUAACUGCACCUCUGGCAUGUGCAUUCGCCAGUCGUGGGUCUGUGAUGGCGACAAUGAUUGCAGGGAUUGGUCUGAUGAAGCCAACUGUACAGGUACACAAAUCCUAAAAAAACACACAGGGUUUUUCACAAAGUGAGAAUUCAAAGUGAAUUUCAAAUUUCAGGUCAGAAUUGCUGAAAAGAAGUCUAAGUCUGCUAUGCUUCUAAUUUGCCUACUUUUUUUCUGAAAUUUAUUUAGAAUUUUAACUUUGUGAAUAACCCUGAGUUAUUCGCAAAAUACACUAAAUACAGAUACAAUAAAAUAAGUUCACUGGAGUUCAGGGUCCCAGCCACAACCCUUUCUGCAAAAUCUAAACCUUGUAUUUGGGACAAAAUCUCCCACUACUGUCACUCCAUUCGCUCAAAAAUAUAAUUCCUAUAAAUCUAGGUAAAUUUAUUUUCUAAAAGGGAAACACUACCUUUCUUUUAUUAUAUUUGAAAAAUCAAGACUAAAAUAAAACGAUUCUUGUCUCUCAUCAGAAGUGUCUUAAAAAUAAUAAACUUAGCAUUUUUUUUUUGUCUUUACCCAGCGAUCUCUCAUACAUGUGAAGCUUCAAGCUUUCAGUGUCAUGACAGUCACUGCAUCCCACAAAGAUGGAAAUGUGACGGGGAUAUGGACUGCCAGGAUGGCUCGGAUGAAGACGUAAUUCUGUGCGGUAAGUUAUCUGCAUACCUGGCUCUGGUGACCAGGUACUACCAAGCUUAAUCUCCUUCAUUUAGUAAAUGCCCAGUCAUAGCCCAUUUUUUUUCUGAUCCAUUACUGUGAAAGAAUACCCCUAUCACUUUUGGCUCCUUUUCGUUGUCUGGAUUCAUGCCAUAGUUUAUUUUGUUUAUUUUGUUCGGUUCAAGAAUUGAGGCCACACCAGAGACCCAUUAGAACAUGGAACGUUAAGUACAACGUACGAAAACCACUUCGUAACGAACUAAUUGAAUGCUUGCCUGGGUGGCCGCUAUUUCGUGCGUGCAAAGGCACGUGUUCAGGACAAUGGAUGGUGGCCAUCUUGUCUCCUGAGUGCAGGCAGUUGAAAUUGGUCAUUGAGUGUCUGGAACUCAUUUCUUCCAGGCACUCCCGCGAACCCCGGUCAUCAUGGACCUGCUGCCCGUUAAUGUUCCCCUUUACCUAUACGAACGGCUUUCGGGAGAUCUAUGCUACCGAACACAGGGAGCAUUCUCUAUUGAUCUGCUUUAUCUAAUUGGUGUGGUUUUCGUACAAAACCCCACGAAAGGAGACUGGCUCUUGCCACAACUUGCCUGGAACUAUUUUGGGCUGCAGCCUCGUGGCAGACCGGUCAGAACUUCUGUGCGAUGGGGAUCCAAACUGGGGUGAUUUUUUUUUAUAUUUUGUUCACCCCGAUUCCAGAUAUCUGGGGAUGUGACAUUUAUUUGGUUUCCAUGUAUGUUGGGGGUACUUUUGGAGUGUUCAGAAAUUGAUACUUUUCUGCCCAUGGAGAUAAUUGAGUUGGUACAGUUCCUGACUCAAUUAUCUCUCAGGCACAGUGGAGGCAUUUACGGACUGUAUAAAUUUGUUGCCUGUUUCUCCAUUAAACAGUCUUCUCCCAUGUGUGGGGGGUUAUGGAAUAUUGGUGCUAUUUUACCUUGUGUAUUAUUUUGGUUUCCUGUAUUAGGGGGGAAAGGGUAUCCGUGGCGGUGAUACCUUGACAGACCGCCACAAUUACUUUGGCCUAAAAGUAACCACUGUAAUAAAUGCAAUAUCAAACAUCCUAUUACCAUUAUAACCACCUGCAUGUGUCCCUAAAAUGAUCCGACUUCAGUCCAAACUGAAAACAAAAUGUAUUUUAACAACAAAACAGAGCAUGCAGCCAAUAACCAAAUCGACACAUUUCAUUGAAAGGAGAAAGAAACCUUUAUCUCUCACACUUUAUCUUGUGGGGGGUUUUUUUGCAGGUCACACGUGUAAAGGAUUUCAGUGCAAUAAUGGAACGUGCAUCCCAUCCAGCCAGCACUGUGAUGGUACAAUCCAGUGUCCAGGUGGCGAAGAUGAGCGGCAGUGUGGUGAGAAGGAAUGCUAAAUAGACAUUAUUCCAAGAGUUUAUUGUAACUGUCGAUGGGCAAACCCUAUCCCAAUAUGAACAACCCUUCAUGGCAGAAGACUUACCAAGAAUAUCCUUAUAUAACCUAAAACUCAUCAAGGUUUAAAGGGAUCCUGUCACACAACACAUGAAAUUUCCACUUUAAUCAAAUAAUUUAAUUUGUACAUUGUGGCAGCAAAAAGGUCGUCGGAUAUGACUAAUAUUUAGAAAUUAGAAUUAAAGGGAUACUUUAGACACCAAAACAACUUUAGCUUAAUGAAGCAGUCUCGGUGUAUAGAUCUUGCCCCUGCAGUCUCACUGCUCAAUUCUCUGCCAUUUAGAAAUUAAAGUUGUUUUGGUGCCUGUUGUGUUCCUUUAAGGGUAGGGUUUGGGAUUUGGGUGAAAGUAACAAUGAGCAGCAUAUUUAGACCUAGCAGUUGCCUUAAAAUCUCUAAACUGUACUAAAUUUAAUAUCCAAUCAUUAACCUUAAUCCUAAUCCUAAACGUGAAAAAAUAGUCUGAAACAUUGCAGGUUGUGUUCUUUUAUUAUCAUUUUGCUUUAUUUUUUUAUAUCCUAUACAGAGACAAUAUUGUCAGUUUCCAUUUGUUUCUGUUUCUGCAGAGCCGUUGUGUACUCGUUACAUGGACUUUGUGUGCAGGAACCGGCUGCAAUGUUUGUAUCACUCUAUGGUCUGUGAUGGCAUUGUGCAGUGUCGCGAUGGAUCGGAUGAGGAUCCUCGCUAUGCUGGCUGCGGUGAGUGGCUUGGGAAGCUGAGAGUGAUUCGAUAUUUUAUAGGUCCUAUACUUAUUUCCAAAGGAAACACCCCCUGCGUCAGAAUAAAAUCACUUUCAGUCCAGCUUGUUCUAGAUGUAAAACCUCUGACUUUUCUUUAAUUCCAGCUCAGGAAGCAGAGUUUCAGCGAACAUGUGACUCUUUCAGCUUUUUAUGCCAAAAUGGAGUUUGCAUCAGUUUAGUUUGGAAAUGUGACGGAAUGGACGAUUGUGGAGAUUAUUCAGACGAGGCAAACUGUGGUGAGCUUAUGAACGGUUUAGAUUUAUUUUUAUUUUAAUAUUUUCUCCAGUGUAAUCUGUAGAGAAAUGUUAGCAUUAUCCUCAUGUACGUGGAACAGAUUAUUGGAUUUGUUUAUACUUCACCUUCUGUAGACUAGAAGUACUUAUUGUUAUUGGUGAAACUGAGGGAUUUCUGGGAUAGAACGUUGGCCGCGAUGUAUGAUAAAAUGGAUUUUAUAGUUCUAGUAUUCUAGUACAGGAAAACAGGUUUUUGUCUGGGAUGGCAUUAACGUUGACACCAUGACAUACAUACAUGUCACUGUCUAAAAGUAGAAUCCAAGUUCAGUUGGGAACCUCCCUUCAGCCCAGAUUGGGGUGAGAAAGGCAGGUAUCCCUCCUAGAACCCUGAAGUAAAAAAAAACGAAAAAUGUCAUGUCACAUUCGCUCUAGCUGUUUGUUUUCUUGAACAUAUAACCAGGGACAGCGCAACCUUUAAGCGAUCUAGGCAUUGGCCUAGGGUGCCGACCGGUAUUUUCCUGGUGGACUCCCCCUGUCCUGGGCCGCAGCGCUGGGCGAGUUGCUCUAGAGCCGUCCUCCCCCUCAGCGCCGAGCCCAUCCUCCAGGCACCCGAAAAUGGGGGUGCCGAGAGGAGACCUGUCAAAGGGGGCUCAGGAGGUGGCCAUUUGCCCACCUCAGUGCGCCCCCGAAGCUGUCUGUCAGUAUGGCAGAGCAGGCACCUGCCUACCCAGAUGGCAGGUGCCUGCUCUGCCGAUAAAUGCCGGAGGAGAGGAGGCAGGCGACGGCAAGGGAGGCUCUUCUUACAGCUCUUUACUUCUCCUUUGCGCGCCUACUGUGAUCCCGGGAGCCGGAAUAUGUCAUCAUUCCAGCCCCAGCAUACUAAACAGCACACUGGAGGUGUGAUGAGCUGCCCCACACUGGACCCCAGGGAGGUAGGGAGGCUGGAUGUCUGUAUGUGUGUGUGUGUGUCUGUCAGUGUGUGUGUGUGUGUGUCUGUCAGUGUGUGUGUGUGUGUGUCUGUCAGUGUGUGUGUGUGUCUGUCAGUGUGUGUGUGUGUGUGUCUGUCAGUGUGUGUGUGUGUCUGUCAGUGUGUGUGUGUGUGUCUGUCAGUGUGUGUGUGUGUCUGUCAGUGUGUGUGUGUGUCUGUCAGUGUGUGUGUGUCUGUCAGUGUGUGUGUGUGUCUGUCAGUGUGUGUGUGUCUGUCAGUGUGUCUGUCUGUCAGUGUGUCUGUCUGUCAGAGUGUGUCUGUCAGGAGUGUGUGUCUGUGAGUGUGUGUGUGUGUGUCUGUCGGUGUGUGUCUGUCGGUGUGUGUCUGUCGGUGUGUGUCUGUCGGUGUGUGUGUCUGUCGGUGUGUGUGUGUCUGUCGGUGUGUGUGUGUCUGUCGGUGUGUGUGUGUCUGUCGGUGUGUGUGUCUGUCUGUGUCUCUGAGUGUGUGUGUGUGUGUGUGUCUGUGAGUUACUGACAUGAGGGUACGGCAAAAUGGAUCUUUGACUAAGACGGCAGAAAUCUUUGUACCGGCCCUGCAUAUAACAGUGACAAGUAAAAAGAACGCAAUUGUUUAACAGUGAAUUGCAAACCUGUGAAGGGAAUCCUCUUCUUAAUGGACUGAGAUCUGAGAAUAGAAUUCCAAUCCAGGUAACUUCAUGUUUUGUUUAUUUUAUUAGAAAAUCCAACAGACACCCCAACGUGCUCCCGCCAUUACCAGUUUCAGUGUGAAAACGGCCACUGCAUCCCGGCACGCUGGAAAUGCGAUCGUGAGAAUGAUUGUGGCGACUGGUCAGACGAGAAGGAUUGUGAAGGUAAUGUGUAUAUGGUAAUAUUGCCAUUGCUUUGUGAUGUUCCGGCUGGAGUUUUAUCAGAAAAAUGCAUGACACUAGCCAAUAAACUAGUCUGCGUUGUGUUAAUCUUUUUCAGUUGAUUAGGUUUUUCAGAAGCUUUUCAUAAAUAUUUUUGCUUGCUAACACUCGCGGUGUUAUCAUUUUGGUUUCUCCUCUGACCCUCCUCCUAUUCACCAGUUAUUAUUUUAUGAAACAAAGAGUUAACAUCAGGGGGAGGCCAGGUGCAUUCUAGGACAUAUCCACAGGAGACCCUAAUCUGAUUGAAAGCUUAUUAAAAAGUGUUUUAAAGCCGUUGCGCAAUUUUCUCAUAGCAACGGAAACUGAAAUUGUUCCACUAUAUUAUCUGAUUUUCCACUAAUACGUUCACGUGAGCACAGAGAUAAAACCGUUUAAUAUGCUGAUUUGGCUUGCUAUCUAUAGAGUACCCAGAAACUGCCAUGUAGACUCACCAGCUCUCCGAUAGGAUUUCUUUUUUGAAGAGACUCCAAUUCAGACAGAGCUCAGUCACACCAAAGACGGUGAGGAAGAAGUACGUGAGUGGUGCUGACAGACUAUAGGGGAACAGCCGUUUAAAUCUGGCUGUGUUAGUGCAAUGUGACCCACAACACCGUUACCUCUCCUCUAAGAAUUCAAUAAAAGCGUUGGCACUGUUUACACUGGGUACAGAGUACCUGUGCCGGGCAGCACAAUGCCACUUGUCUUUGUCAGGGAUUCUUUUUUGUUUCUAUCUGUCCAGCAAAUACUAGAACAUGGUCAAUUUUAGUGAUCACAGUGUAAUGUCACUGCUCUCUGGUACCCAUAGGUUUAAUGAUCUCCUAAUUAUACUCUCAAAAAUGAAAUUGGAUUAAGUGAGGAGACCACUCCCAUGUCGGCCAGUAUCUGGGCUUGUUAUUGUUUUCUUCUAAGAUUUAACUUGAAUUUUUAUUUUUAUUUUUUGCAGAACCAGUUCCUCAAACUACCACAGCACCCCCUACCUGCCCUUCCAAUCAGUUCCGCUGUGACAAUGGCGUGUGCAUCAUGAACACCUGGGUGUGCGACGGCUACAAAGACUGUAUCUCUGGCUCUGACGAGGAAGGAUGCCCCUCAAUGUGUGAGUUCACUUACUGCCGAACUUAACAGCUUUCAAUUUAGAUCUAUCAUAUAAAUUAUUUCUCAUUUAGCUCUCCUUUCAGCGUGUCUAAACUGGAUUAAUUUAUUUUAGAGUUUUGGGACUCUGCCUCUUUAAAGGAACAUUAUAGGGUCAGAAACGCACAUGUAUUCCUGACACUGUAGUGUUACAGCCACCGUUUUCUCUUAAAACCCAAAAGGCCUGCAUGGACUGAUUAUACUCACCAGAACAAAUACAACAAGCUGUAUGCCGUACACCGUACAUUAAGCUGUAGUUGUUCUGGGGACUAUAGUGUCUCUAACCAUUUGUAGCGUUUAUGGUAUACAAUGUGUGUGUUUUACCUUCUCAAUUAAAUUGUAGGAACAUUUAAUGCAGCUUUUAUUCUCCAAUAUAAAGAAAAGGCUAGUUUUGCCAUGUUUCUGUGAAAAUGUUGGUUAUACCUUGGCUCCAUCCCAUCUGAUGUACACAUGUUGAUUUCUGGAUCUAUAGAAUUGUAAGGCACGUGAGAUAAAGACUUGUUGGGUCCUGUGCUCACGGCACAGUGAAUAUCCAGAAGGAUAUUGAUACUUUAGAGAGAGUUCUGAGAAGGGCUACUAAACUGGUUCAUGGAUUUCAGGAUAAAACUUACACGGAAAGGUUAAAGGAUCGUAACAUGUAUAGCCUGGAGGAAAGACGAGACAGGGGGGAUAUGAUAGAAACAUUUAAAUACAUAAAGGGAAUCAACACAGUAAAAGGAGGAGACUAUAUUUAAAAUAAAAACUACCACAACAAGAGGACAUAAUCUUAAAUUAGAGGGACAAAGGUUUAAAAAUAUCAGGAAGUAUUACUUUACUGAGAGGGUAGUGGAUGCAUGGAAUAGCCUUCCAGCUGAAGUGGUAGAGGUUAACACAGUAAAGGGGUUUAAGCAUGCGUGGGAUAGACAUAAGGGUAUCCUAACUAUAAGAUAAGGCCAGGGACUAAUGAAAGCAUUUUAAGAAAUUGGGAAGACUACAUGGGCCGAAUGGUUCUAAUCUGCUGUCACAUUCCAUGUUUCUAAUUGACAGCAGAGACAGAUUUAGUUGCUUCAUUUUAGCCAUUUUCUGGUCUCUUGAGAAGCUACUGCUAAACCAGGGUUAAUUUCCAUAAAGAAGAAAAAUAUUUUAUUUGCAACAUGUGCACCACUCAGCCAUGUCUUGGUAAAGUAAGAUACUGUCAAUUUUAUUUACUAAAGGAUGAAUUGUUGGAAGUCACUGUAAAUUCCCCAAAAUUCACAUUUUCAUGAAUGACCCUACCCAUGGGCGUAGGAACCAGGGGGAUGGGGGGGGGGGAACGCAUCCCCCCCCAGCAAAUCAUGUGGGGGGGACAGGUUAUGGGGAAAUCCCCCCCCGUCCCAGCUCAGCCGCCCGAGCGCUCUGUAGAGAGCCUCAGGCGGCUGUAGCUUUGCCCGGGCGGUGCGUCCAUGAGGGCGGACCGCACCGCCCGGGCACAGCCUGAGGAGAGGGGCUGACAGGAGGGAAGCGCUCAGCACUCCCUCCUGUCACUCCCUCACUGUAGCGUGACCGAGACCUCUAUUGGUCUGCGGGUACAGGGAGCAUCUGUCUCCUGUACCCGGCCGGACUAACAGGAAGUGCACACUGAGUACAGGAAACAAAAGCUACCUGUACCCGCGGACUAUACUGGGCUCGGCCACGCUACCACUGAGGUAGGGGGGGAGGGGAGAAAGAGAGUAACAAGGGAGGGAGGGGGAGAAAGAGAGUAACGAGGGAGGGAGAUUGACAUCCAUCACACAGAAACACACCUUGCAGCCCUUACACAUACAAACACAGAUUCACACAAUGCAUUCCUUACACACAUAUCUGGACAUCCCCUACACACUCCACCCCCUGUGAACAAACUCAUUGGUGGAACAUGAAGGUGGACCCUGGGACCCAGACCUUGAGCUGUGUAAAGGGUCCCCAAAAAAUGGAGCUGCUUCCCGUUCUCCCAGAACAUUGAUUUUUGUGACCACAGUUACAAACAGCCUCCAGAGAGCCUGUUCUACACCAGACCAGUGGAGCCAGACUGCAGCUAGAGCCCAUCAUCAUCCUCAUCUGGUUGUAAGUAGGCAAUCUAGCAUAUUAUUCGUGGCACUAAUCUCUAAUUUACAUGGAAAGGGGUUCUAAUAUAAAUGGAAGGGGUAGAGACGGGUAGUAAAAUGUAUGGAAUGCAUUUCUGAAAGUGUCACUGAAUGGCAGUUAGGAAAUGUGGUCACCCUAAGUCAGGGGCAGUAUUACACAAUCUGUAUAUGUAUAAAAAAAUAUAAAAAGUAAUCUGCAGAGCUUCCGAGCAGGAUAGUCGCACAGCACUACUGCUCCGUGCACCGAGCCGAAAAACGCUGCCCAGAGACGAUAAACACCGGCUCACCGGCGCAAUAAAGACAGAGCACGGAUUCCCUGUAUCAUGGGGAAGAAAACCAAAAAACAGAGAGCAGAUCCGAGCACAGGAUCCGGAGAUAUUGGGGCUUUUCUCCGCGCAGCCACGCGGCCGGCAAAUCCCAAGAUGGCGCCGGAGGCCUACACCUCCCAAUCCUCGGACGAGGAUAGCCACUACACUGAACACUCCAUACUGAGCCAAGGGCGCCAGGCACCUCAGAGACCCCAGGAUCAGGGUGACUCAGCACCCGCUACCAAAGCGGAUAUCAAAGCCCUGGUUAAAGAAAUCAAGACCAUGUUUCAGGCGGAUAUGGCACUGGUGAGGGAGGAUAUUGCUGCGCUAACAAACAGGGUGGCAGCAGUGGAGGAGGGCGCAAAAGGUACAACGCUGGCGCAAAAUGCCACAGAUGCUGCAUUGAACGCCUUGCGCAAGCAGUGUGCCGACCAGCAAGCACAACUGGCGGACAUGGAAGACAGGCACAAGACGCGGAACCUGAGGGUCCGGGGAAUACCGGAGACAAUCUCUGGCACUGAACUGCCACAUUUCUGCCGACGGCUUAUAGCCACGCUGCUGACACCACGGCAAGCAAAACAGGUAAUGAUCGAUUCCUGCUUCAGGCUCUCCAGGGCGACCUCUACGCCACGAGAAGGAGCUAGCGACGUCCUGAUAAAAUUUGUGAGAGACUCUGACAGGGGAAUACUUAUGGGGGCCACAAGAGACUCUCCCACAGUGCCAUUUGAGGGGGCACAACUAGCAUUUUACAGAGACUAUUCAAGACACUAUACAAUGGAGGAAAUCUUUCCGUCAGGUUACGCAACUACUAAGGGAUCAAGCCAUCCCCUACAAGUGGGGCCCACGCAGACUACAGGCGGACAAGGCAGGCGUGACACACAAGCUAUCACACACUUCUGAAAUACCGGCAUUCCUCAGAGCAUUGGGCAUACCGGCGCAGGCAGCACAAGAAACAGCUCGACCACCUUGGACUGUGGCAGAUAUCACCCCCUUUGUGCCAAGAGGAGAAGGCCCACAAGCUGCUGCCCUACCUACCUGAUACAGCUGCAGCCAUGCAAGUUCCAUGUAUUUUUACCUGUUGUAGACAACAGGAGCACCAACAGGACCCGGGACUGUUAAUCCCCCGCCCUAGAUAACUUCCUCCCACUGGCUCCGUAAGCUACGGCUCAGGUUUUUUUUUUAAAUUGUAUUUUGAGUGCACAAAGCAGAAUUAAUAUUGCCCGUAUCCCUCACACUCGAUAAGCGAAUACAGCCUUUUUACGCAAUCAUAGCAUUAAGCCCUAUGCCCAGGUCCGGCAGGACCCAUGCCAGAUACCCACACAUUUAGACGUGCCUUAGGUCCACGCCACCUAUACCAUGCCACUAUUAAGCCUAUGGGCACCCACAGCACUGACUGAGCCCCACCAAGCAGUUCACCCUCCCUGAUGUGCCAUUCGUUAAUGCCACACGUAAAUUCACACAAACGAGCUUCAGGGCACUCGCCGCCAUAGGAAAGGAGCCCCCCUAACAUAUCACCACUCCCCCGCGAGAGUACAGGCGAGAGAGGGCUGUAAAAGCUAUUUGAAACCUAUAAAUGGAUAUUUCCCGCAACAUGUUGAAAUUACUGUGUGAUUUAUUCAUUAUAUUGCCAAACAUGUAAUAUUGAAAACAUCAUGCUUUAUCCACAAAAAUAAAGAAUAAAAAAAAAAAAGUAAUCUGCAAAGUACAAAAUGUUUGUGUCAUAUGUCGUGCGAAAAAUUAAGCUAGGAAUGUGCAUAUUUUUUUAAAAUAAUUUUUAGAAUAAUGAUAGACAUUUUAUUUCUUACAUUUGUGAUGAUUCUUUUUUCCUCUCUAUAUUCAAGGGACACUAUAGUCACCAGAACCACAACAGCUAAACGUAGUAGUUCAGGUGUAUAUAGCAUGUCUUUGCAGGCUUUUUAAUGUAAGCACAGCCAUUUCGUAAAAAGGCAGUAUUUACAUUACUGAUGAGGAAUACCUCCAGUGGACACUCAGAUGGCCACUAGAGCUGCUUCUUAGUCGAGACAUGAAUGCCGCCCUAUGAAGUAUCUGCGCAUGUGCGGCAAAGCUGCGCAUGUGCACCAGAGAGCAAUGACGCUUCUGAAUAGAAGCGUUUUAUUGCUCCCUGCUCGCACCCUCCUAUUUCGUUAUUUUGACGAAAUAGGGGGCGCAGCAUCAGGAGGAUCCCGGCGCUGUAUCCAGGUAAGUAAAAUCCCUUCCCUGUAGUGACCCUUUAAAGUUAUUAUUUAAUCAUUUAUAUAGCAACUGCAAAUUCCGUAGCGCUGUGCAAUGGGAUAAACAACUCAUAGUUUACGGAAUAAGACUAUACCCAGUGAGUAAAAAUGCUAUCCCCCCCAGAUUUUUUUUUUUUGGGUUCCUACGCCUAUGACCCUACCAUGUAUUCACCAACGUGAGAAUUGUCAGCAAUUCGAGGUGAAUUCCCAGCAAUUCUAAAAUAGCCAAACUGGACAUUGAGCAGACUGAGAGCAUUAUUUCAGUUAAAUUGUUUUGGCCUUUCCCUCCUGCCAAUUCUUUCUUUAGUGAAUAAGCGUGAAUGUGGGCACACUGUAUCACAUGCCAGAUGAUCCCUCACAAAGCCCACUAACAGGAUGUAAACAUUGCAAAGGUAGUUAUGCGUAAUUACUAUUUAUUAAGAAUAUCUCUUGGUUUUUAUGCAUUAAGCAACCAAUAAAACCUCACCGACUCCAUCAUCCCACGGCCGAUGCCAGACGUCAGAGUUUGAAUGUAAGAAAUGGACGUAUUGUAUACCAGACUGGAAGAGAUGCGAUGGCAUCAGAGACUGUCAGGAUGGCACCGAUGAGCUGCACUGCCGUGAGUUCUUCCUGGGGUAGUUUUGGGGUUCUCUUGAUUUAGGGGAAGAUUUACUAAAUGGUGUACCUGCAUGCAGUGUUAUGCCAGCAACUCAUUUUAGGAUUUUUAAUAAACAAAUUUUUUGUAACAGCUACUCAUGCAUCUACUCCCUGUGUUAACGGGUCUCUGUGUGAAGAUGGGGAGGCGUGCAUUUCUCUGUCUGACACAUGUGAUGGCUUUCUGGACUGUUCCGAUGGCAGCGAUGAAGCAAACUGCACAGGUAGAAAAUGGCUUGUUUCAUAAUCUAAUUAGCGGACAAAAAUAUUGUAAACAAAUGUUGCCUUCCUUUGCAAUCUAUAUUGAGCAGCGUUUAGGCUAUUUGCUCUGUCAGAUCUGAGAUAAACAGUCUAUGAUGGAUAUAAUCGGUCAGUGUUCAGCAUUCGGGGAGACUGCUGUGCCUGAUAUUUUAAUGACUUCUUGGAGUGAUCCUCUGCAUGUUCUGUGUAAAUGGCUGAAGCUCUGUGUGAUGUCUCCUUCUCAGAUGACACCAUAGUAUACAAAGUUCAGAACCUGCAAUAUAAAGCAGAUUUCAGUGGGGAUGUCAGCCUGUCCUGGACCCGUCCCAAAAAGAUGCCUCUCUCAUCUUGCAUCUACAAUAUUUAUUACAGGUACUACAGCCCCUAUCGUUCUGUAUCUACAGUAUUUAUUACAGGUAAUAUGGCCCCUAUGGUACUGUAUCUACAGUAUUUAUUACAGGUAAUAUGGCCCUUAUCGUUCUGUAUCUACAAUAUAUAUCAUGGGUAAUACGGCCCCUAUCGGUCUAGAUCUGCAGUAUUUAAUACGCACUCAGUGCGGCCUGUAUCCUCUUGUAUCUAUGAUAUAUCUUUGCUGUAUUAACUUGUUUUUCCACUCUGUUACCUCCUGAUUCCCUUUAUAUGUUGCCAGUAGCUGCAAUUAUCCUUAAAUCUGGCUAUCACCUCAGUGUUCCCCCUCCUACUGCUUUACCUAGUAAGCUCAUCGGCUAUCUAACAAAGUACUUUGUAUAAAGGAGCUCCCGUGGCUCGGUUCAGCUCACAGAGGGCCAUCUUUACCUUUUGUAUUGUUCCGCAUAUAUUGUACUGUCUUUUUCCCCAUUUGUACAGCGCUGCAGAAUAUGUUGGUGCUUUAUAAAUGCUUUAUUAAUGCCAGAAAUAAUCCUCGGAAUCGCAUAAAGAUUUAGGGGUAUUAUUUGGAAUUGUCAUGUAGUAUCCCAAUGUUAUUCAGGAUCACAUGUAAAUAUAAUAUUUGUUCCCUCAAGUGUGUGGAGGAUUAUUGGGGAACAGGUGUACCUAGAUUAAUCUGUCCCGUGAUUCGUUGCAGGGUUAUCGGUGAAAGCACAUGGACGAUCCUGGACUCCCAAAGCAAUAAGACCAUCUGCAUCUUAAAGAUUCUCAAACCAGACACGACAUAUCAGGUGAAAGUCCAGGUUCGUUGUCUUCGGAAAACUUACAACACCAAUGAUGUCAUCACACUGCGAACUCCCGAGGGGCGUAAGUAUAACUGUUGUGCUGGGUAGUUUAAUUUGAAUAUUGGGUCACUGUGUGCUCAGCAUGGCUUGGAUUGUGGCAUAGUGUGAAUAAGCGUUUUUUGUUCUUUCAGUCCCAGGUGCCCCUCAGCAUCUCCAGUUAUCGCUGAAUAAAGAUGUUGACGAGGUUAUAACCGCCAGCUGGGUCCCACCUGCUGACGCUCACGGUAUAAUAAGAGAGUAUAUAGUAAGUCACUUGGUUUACAUUCUUUUUUUUUUUUUUUCUUCUUCCUUAAAUAGAACUUUCUAUUAAAAAUGAAGAAUGCUGUAAAAGUGCAACGUGUUAAAUUGCUUUUACCAGACCAAGAUAUAUUCACAGUCUGUUUAUACCCCAUACGCGGCUCGCCCACGUGAUAACACCCCAUACGCGGCUCGCCCACUGGACCGGGAUUCCUUGUACGCGGCUCCCCACGUGAAAAUAAUUUACUCACAGCCACGGCUAAUCCUGGGCGAGUGCACAGGCACUAAAAGUUGGGGUGCUGUGUGGCCCAAUGUAACAGGAGACCCGGGAGGUGACUGGCUAUCUAAGGGCGCCUCCGAGCAGCGCUUAUUCAGCAAAACUGAGUAAGCACCUGGGGGAGAGAGGGGGGGCAGCAAGGGAGUGCUCUCUGCACUGAUGCCAGGAGCCAGGAUAAGAGCAGGAAGAACAUCGAAGCCACUGGACUCCAAAGAGAGGAUCCAGAGUACUCCUAAAGGUACGGAGGCCUGAUGAGCCUAACAAAAAUUAAAUAAAAUCAACAAAAAAUAAAAUUAAUUUGUGUGUCUGCCAGUGAGUGUGUGUCUCAAAGACAUUGUAUGUGUCGAAACGUUGCUGGAUCCACUUUAUGGUGGAUUAAAUCUUCGUUUGAUUAAUUUAUAGUGUUGCGGCUCCAUCAUUCUUUUAAAAGCGUGUGUGUCUGCCAGUGAAGGGAUGGAUGGGUGUGUGUGUGUGUUUCUGAUUACAAAAAGGAGUGAGGCUUAUAGAUGGAGGUGGAGUAGUUGCCACAGAAACUUGCAUGUCGAAAAAUUCUGCACCCAGACUCUUGGGACACUAGUAUCGGCUCUGCUCACGUGGUAAUUCCUUGCUCACAGCUGCCCACUUCAUAAUACUUUAAGCACAGCUGCCCACAUGAUAAUUUCCCACUCAUAGAUGUCCACGUCAUAAUACCCUGCUCACAGCUGCCCGCGUGGUAAUACCCUGCUCACAGCUGCCCGCGUGGUAAUACCCUGCUCACAGCUGCCCGCGUGGUAAUACCCUGCUCACAGCUGCCCGUGUGGUAAUACCCUGCUCACAGCUGCCCAUGUGGUAAUACCCUGCUCACGACUCUCCGCGUGAUAAUACCCUGCUCACGACUCUCCGCGUGAUAAUACCCUGCUCACGACUCUCUGCGUGAUAAUACCCUGCUCACGACUCUCCGCGUGGUAGCCUGCUCACGACUCUCCGCGUGGUAGCCUGCUCACGACUCUCCGCGUGAUAAUACCCUGCUCACGACUCUCCGCGUGGUAGUAGCCUGCUCACGACUCUCCGUGUGGUAGUAGCCUGCUCACGACUCUCCGCGUGAUAAUACCCUGCUCAUGACUCUCCGCGUGGUAGUAGCCUGCUCAUGACUCUCCGCGUGGUAGUAGCCUGCUCACGACUCUCCGCGUGGUAGUAGCCUGCUCACAGCUGCUCGCAUGACGAGGAUCCCUUAUACACAGCUGCUCUCGUGUUAACUUUAUGUAUGCACCUUCUCUGAAAAUGCAAUAUUUUCCAGGUAUCUUACAGCAUCAAUGGAACAAAGUCAUGGUGGUCAUUUAAUUCCCAGGUGAAUUCCACCAGCAUUAAAUCUCUGGAAUCGGACACGGUUUACGCUGUACGGGUAAGUUCUCCCAGUGCUUGUUUUUAUUAAAGUGUACUGCGUUGUAAAGUGCUCUGACUUAUGCAAUAGAGGUUAAUGAAUUGGCAGAUCUUGCACCAAGCGCAAUGUGUGAUUCAAAGGGAUUUUGGGAAAUUAUGAAUAUCCUUAAAGUUGGCGAAUUAAACAAAAUGUGUUGGUAUGUGUAGUGUGCAAUAACAACCAUGGAGAUCUUCUGUGCGGAUUCUGUGGCAGUGUUUUACUAGUAAAAUCCAGAGGUGUAGGUGGUGGUUUUGCAGCAAGAAGCAGUAAAAUACAUUGAUUAAUGCUCAUAAAACAUUUCUAUGCGGAAAUUACUGUCCCACAAAAACAGUGCAAUGACCUGAAGAGUGAGUGAGUGUGUGUGUGUGUGUGUGUGUGUGUGUGUGUGUGUUUUUCUGUAGAAAAUAUCUGUUCGAUAUAAGUGUAUCAGAGUAAAACCAUGGUAGUUGUUGGCCUUUCACAGUGUUUGCCUUGUCUGAUUGUCUGUGCAGAUUGCGAUUUCUUAACACUGAUUGAUUUACACUGAUCUGUCAUUUGAAGGUGGCUGCCGUUACUGGGCGUGGUGUGGGGAUGUGGAGCGACACAAAAACCAUUUACACUAGAAAAGGAAAAGGUGCGUCUGUUAAAGGCCAUUCUAAACGUGUAAUGUUUUAAUUUGUGGGGAUGAGUUUCAGUGGGAAUUUAAAAGGUUCACAACUCACAUUUACCGCUUCAAUUCAAAGGUUGAACAGACCCCUUGUAAUUGUGACAAUCCCAGGUGGUCAUAUAUCCUUAAAUGGGGUUUUAAUUAGACCCAGACAUGUGAUGAAAGAACACGCAAUGUCCCAUUGCUACAUUAAUGGGAACUACAAUCACCAGCACAACUACAGCUUAAUGUAGUGGUUAUGGUGUAUUUAGAAUGUCCUUGCAGACUUGGCAUUAUAAACACUGCCUUUUCAGAGAGGUUAAAACGAUCGACUGGGGUUGCUGCGUUUUGCAUCUGUUCUGCCCUUUUGGGUGGACUUAGUCUGAUAUGCUUUUGUAAUGGCACAAGAUGAGCUAAAACCAGCUUGAGAUCUGAGCGGGGACCCAGCGAAGGGCAGGCUAUUUGAGCUGUUGUCCGUUCUCUGUAUUCUCUUGCAUCCUGUUUUUUGCUCUCCCAGUGACUGCCACUAGAGGUGUUACAAGCCAGCAAUGUGGAUGGCCACUAGAGGUGUUACAAGCCAGCAAUGUGGACGGCCACUAGCGGUGUUACAAGCCAGCAAUGUAGACGGCCGCUACGGAAGUGUUACAAGCCAGCCAUGUAGACGGCCGCUAGAAGUGUUACAAGCCAGCCAUGUAGACGGCCGCUAGAAGUGUUACAAGCCAGCCAUGUAGACGGCCGCUAGAAGUGUUACAAGCCAGCCAUGUAGACGGCCGCUAGAAGUGUUACAAGCCAGCCACGUAGACGGCCGCUAGAAGUGUUACAAGCCAGCCACGUAGACGGCCGCUAGAAGUGUUACAAGCCAGCAAUGUAGACAGCCACUAGAGGUGUUACAAGCCAGCAAUGUAGACGGCCACUAGAGGUGUUACAAGCCAGCAAUGUAGACGGCCGCUAGAGGUGUUACAAGCCAGCAAGAAUUUCUCACUGUAUCCUAAGUUCAGCAUCUCCACACUCUGCAUUGAGGUGCUUGACUGUUCCCCAUAUAGAUGCAUUGAUUCAAUGCAUCUCUGAGGAGAUGAAGAUUGGCGCAGCACGGAGUUUGACCGUGUAUGUGCAAUAACCUUUGAUUGUCGGACGUCGUCAAAUUUGGUGAUCUCCGCCAUGGAAGGAGAGACUGGUGCAGCGCUGGAAAAAAGGAGUGGGGACCCGGAAUCUAAAUGGUUAUUUUACCACUAUAGUGUCAGGAAUACAUGUUUGUUCCUUUAAAGGGGAUUUUAUCAAUAACUUACAUUGUUCUUUUUUCUCCUUGUUGAUACCAAUCUUUUUUAUUCAGUUCUCUCUCUGGUUCGGUUCCCUUUCUUUAGUUAUCCCACUUCCAACCAUAACCAUUCAGAGCGUCAAUGAGAGCGCUGUGGAAUUAAUGUUAAAAGUGGACUCUGAUGUUCAGGUAAGGGACUUUUUAUUCAUUUAUUUUUAUACAGAAUGUGUGUGAAAUGGUGUAUUAAAUCAGGGUGGACUGCCAACAAGUGCUGGAUAGCUUUAAUAAAAUGGUGGAAACAUACAACUUGUCCGGGCUCAAUCUGGUAAAACGCCACAAUAGGACAAUCUGACAAAUCAAAUUACAGCGGUAAUUAAACGUCUCAUGGAUUGCAUAAAGAACACCACAUUAUUAAAUCUCGAUUUAUUAUUUUAAAACCACAAGGGAUCGUGACGGCCAAAUCAUAAACAGAAAACAGAAUUAUUCACUAACAAUACUUCAGUCUAAAAUUUGGUUUAUUUACAGUGAAUUAUUGUAAAAGAUUUAGGUAAAAUUCGCCAAUUCUGAUCUAGGCCGUUUUGGUUGGUUGUUUUUAGGCUGAAUUUUAUUUUGUUCUCAGUUCAUCACCAUUUAUAUUUGUAAUGCUGUCAGAUAAGUUUACAGAUGUUGUAAGUGUUUUUUACAUGAGGUGAAUUGCUCUGAAAGUCAAAAUAUGUGUAUUCGUACGCAAGACCUUAACAAGCUCAAAAGAGACUAGCACCAAUUACAUUUUAUUCUUCCAGCAAUUUCUUUGCAGGCUCCACGCCCUUGCUAAACUGCCUUUGUAUUCGCCUGAGCUGCGGUCCAUUUAUUUUAAUUAAAUGGAUAACUUUGAAACAAAACGUUUCUCUCCCUGUGAAGACGAUAACUGGGAAGGUCUAUAAUGUAUCAACAUUGAACGCUUGCGUAUAUCACACACUCACUUUAUUUUUCAGGUAUAUGGUUACUCCAUGUCCUUAGUUUGGGAGUUUGACUCACACGUACAAGAAAAAAGAACGCUUCAGUUUGAUGGACAGACUGCAACAUGUGAAGGUGAAUUGAAACGUUUCUGGAUUUAAUCUUUUAUUUUUUAAUGAAUAUCAUUGUCUUGUCCUCCGCAAACUUUCCUGCCUUGUGGUCUACCAGUGCGCUGCCGACAGCUGUGACGGCACGAGUCUUAACACAGUGUGUUGGCUUACUAUUGUAAAUGUAUAGAUUUUCUAAGCACUUUAUAUCCUUGUUUAUGUGCCUGUGAAAUCUCAUUUCUCUAAACUCACAUUCACAUUGACUUUAUCGCUUCACGUUCCCUGUGCUGCAGGAUUGAGACGUGGUAAUGGCAUGACCUCCACUGUCACUCGUGGCUAUUAUUAGUCUUUGUAUCGCUGUCCUAUGGCAGUCCCAGCUUUGUCAUUGUUUGAAUUAAAUUAUUCAUUUGCUACUUUGGGAUUUAUUCACUCAACUCUGAAUUGCAGAGAAUUGAAAGCCAAAUUGCAAAAUUUAAGAAAUAACAAAUUUUUUGCAAUUUUCUAUCUUUGCUAGAUUUACAGAUUUAUUUUAGCCUAAAUUUUACAACAUAACAUUUUACUUCACUGAAGUUUUAGUGAAUAAACCCUUUUGUGACAGUCUUUGCAGUGUUUCCUUUUUAGUCAUCAGCUUAAUGUGUUUUUCUUUUUUAAUUAGUCCAUAACCUAACUGCACAUACGGCCUAUGAAAUCUCUGUCUGGGCGAAAACCAGUUUCGGGGACAGUGCUGUGUCCUUUAGACACUUCGUGACAACGGGUAUAAAGCCAGCCGCGCCAAGUCUGAAAGCCAGAGCAGUUAACCAGACAGCCGUGGAAUGUAACUGGACGGGAGAGAGAGACGUGGUAUGGGUCAUAUGAUCAUUCCUGUAUAAACCACGUGGCAUGUACCACGCAGAGUAUUUAUUAAAAAUUAGCAAUUUCUUUCUUCAGCUAGCCAAUCAGCUUCUCAGAAAUCCGGCAGACAUCUGUCACCAUCUCCACAAUGGGUUUCAUUAGAUUAUUCUUGACAUUUCAAAAUUGGACACGACAUGGGAUAUGAUUGGCAGGCUCCCUUCUGGUGAACUCGGAAUUAUCAGUGAUUUGAGUAGGAAAUAUAGUCAAUACCCAGACAUUAAAACAAGAGGAAAUCUCAGUGUAUUGUUUUUAUUCAAAUUAUAUGUUUUGAGAGUUUCGGGGCUUUUUUGUUUUUGUUUGUAUGAAAGGCAUGAAUUUGUGUUAUUUGCAGCCGGGAUUUGGCGAUUGUGUUACAACUAACAUGGGGCCAAAAUUCUCUUGCUUAUACAAAAUACAUAAUACUCUCCUACUGAUUUAAUAUUAUUUUUACAUGAUGAACGCAGACAGGAACUUUGUUCACUUAAAUGCUCCCUGCAGGAAAUGUUUAAAGGGACACUAUAGUCACCUGAACAAUUUUAGCUUAAUGAAGCAGUUUUGGUGUAUAGAACAUGCCCCUGCAGCCUCACUGCUCAAUCCUCUGCCAUUUAGGAGUUCAAUCCCUUUGUUUAUGAACCCUAGUCACACCUCCCUGCAUGUGACUUGCACAGCAUUCCAUAAACACUUCCUGUAAAGAGAGCCCUAUUUAGGCUUUCUUUAUUGCAAGUUCUGUUUAAUUAAGACCUUCUUAUCCCCUGCUAUGUUAAAAGCUUGCUAGACCCUGCAAGAGCCUCCUGUAUGUGAUUAAAGUUCAAUUUAGAGAUUGAGAUACAAUUAUUUAAGGUAAAUUACAUCUGUUUGAAAGUGAAACCAGUUUUUUUUUUCAUGCAGGCUCUGUCAAUCAUAGCCAGGGGAGGUGUGGCUAGGGCUGCAUAAACAGAAACAAAGUGAUUUAACUCCUAAAUGACAGUGAAUUGAGCAGUGAAAUUGCAGGGGAAUGAUCUAUACACUAAAACUGCUUUAUUUAGCUAAAGUAAUUUAGGUGACUAUAGUGUUCAUUUAAUGUUCUGUAUAUUAGAUAUAAGAAUGUAAUAUACACAGCAUAUUCUCCAGGCUGUUUAAGGAAGUCGGAAUUUUGUAGAUUAAUGCGUUGGGUUCUUUAUUGUUGCCCCACCCAUCUUUUUUUUUUUUUUCCUGUGUGGGGAAAAGGUUUAAGUCAGUUAAAGGUACACUUCAAAUUGCUAAAGAUUUUUAGCUUUUUCAAUAGAAAUUGUCACUUUUUUUUAAAUGUACCUUGUUACACUCCCCUGGCUGUCAGACAACCGAUCCUGUUAUUUCCUGGUUUGGUUAGCAAAGUGGAACUAAACUCGAGGCAGCAAUGGCCCAGAGCACCUGCCUUGCAAAGAAUUCUCAUUGAAGUCUGUGAUUGGAUAGCUACAGAAAGUCUGGACGGGAUUGAAGGGGAGGGAUUGCAGAGGCUGCAGCUUUUACGAGUUGGUUUUAAAUCUAGAAUACAUAAUUAAAUGCAUGCAUGUCUUCAUGGGGAUAUAUGUACUAAACUGAUUUUAUUUUUAAAAUGGAUUUAGUUUACAUGGGAAGUGGAGUAUCCCUUUAAUCUAUAAAUAGGUUUUAUUUCCCAAAAUUGUGCAGCUUCUUCCUACAGGCCAUCACUUUAUUAAAUUAAAAAUUUUGAUUGAAUUUAUCUUUUUGUUUUUUUAGAUUUAUGGAAUAUUUUAUGCAACCUCGUUUUUAGAGCUUCACAGGAGCCCACUAAACAUAAAUACUACUCUUCACAACGCGUCGGUUAUUGUGAAUAGAGAUGAGCAGUACCUGUUCUUGGUAAGAUUAUAUUACUCUAUUUUGGGGGAAAUAAGUGUAUGCUCCCUGAUGCUAUUACAUGUUAAUGUUGCACAUAAAGUGCUGGUAUCUGGACAUCAUUAUCACUUGCUUGUGUGAUUAACCAGAUCCUGACAAAGUGACAAACCCAUUUUCUAUAUUAUUAGCAUUAAAUGAUGCUAAAUUGACUUCAAUUAUCCUUCACUGAAAAUAAUUUGUUAUGGAAUAAUUUAAAAACAUUAGUAAACAGAGCAGAGACUUAACUGGUGGUUUAUAGUGAUUAUACAAAAUGUUAUGUCCUUCAUGUGAUCAGCUUUGCACUUGAAAUGUUUUUUAGGUUCGGGUAGUAUCGCCGUACCUAGGUCCUCCUUCAGAUUAUGUGGUGGUAAAAAUGAUUCCUGAUAACAGACUGCCGCCACGCCAUCUUCACUGCGUGCAAGUCGAUAAAACAUUUGCUGUUAUUAAGUGGGAAUCGCCAUAUGAUUCUCCGGACAGCAAGAUGGUGAGUAACUGCUCUUAUACGGGACACUAAUCUUACCGUGUGACGGUGUUCAUACCAUGAGGCACAACUAUAUACUCGGACACAUUUUAAGAUAAAAUAAACCCACAUGCUCUUUAAAAAAAAAAAAAAAAAAAAUGUUUUAUUACUAGUCACUGUUUUGCCCUUUUUGGGUGAUUUAAGGUGCAAACGUGAUUCUGAUAGCAUUAUCUGUUAGAGUUUAGGGGAUUUUGGAGGGUGCCCUCAAAGGCACAGUAUAUGGUUUUCCCUCUCUCACCUUUGAAUUAUAGAUUCUUUUAGCAGCAGCAUAGAUCCAGGUUGGAAGUUUAGUGUAGAGGUUAUUCUCUUAUAAGCUAAUGUAUCCAUAGUAGUAGCUUCUAAUUAAGCCAUAUUGUUUCCUUUAUCUUUUGCAAUUGUUGUAACUUUGAAACCAUUUCUCUCCAUCUAACCUUCAUAAAUUGCCCAUUGUAGAACGUUCUCAGAAUAGCACUACCUAAAAACCUUCUGGCUCUUGUACUUUGAGGUGAAAGCUUAGUUCAUAUAUGCUCUGAGGGAUUGUCUUUUUUUUUUUUUAAUCCAAAUUAAUAUAUUCACUUAUUAAAAGGGGCUCUUCCGGUUUGUAGGGUAAAUGUGUGAACUCUUAUUACUUUUGGUGUUAACCCUGUGGGGUCUGUUCAUUAAAAAUCAUAUUAUAUUGAAUUGAAAAUGGAAUUGCAAAAUUUAGACCUCUAAAUCCAAUUCACUCCAGUUGUUUACCCACUCAGUGUUGUGUGCUGUGUGUGGCUGCGUGCGUGUUCUGAUGCCUGGGUUCAAACAAACUGCUCGACUUCACCUGUGUCAUUUUUUGAGGAAGCCAAUUCCAGAAUGACUGUUGUUUGCAUUCAGUCAGUGAAGGUGGGCAUUGAGUCAUUAGUGCCCCAGCCAUGCCUGAAGCUGUCUGGCUGCUGGUUGUUGUUUUUUUUUUUUUAUUGUUCAAAUAUGUGUAGGUUUAUGGUGAUCGAAACCAGUCUCUCAUCUCUAUAUUGUAAACCACUACUUACUAAAAAUAAGUCCAUUGUAUGUUUUUUUUCCCUCUUCUUCUAAUGUUAUAAGCUAUUAUUUUCUAGACUUAUAUUGUUGCUGUGAAGGAUUUGAUAAAGAAGAGUGAUCAAAAUUACAAGGUAAAUACUCAGAACAGCACCGUCGAGUACCGGAUCGGAAACCUGGAACCGGGAGGCAAAUAUAGUGUCAUUGUCCAACUGCGCAACAUGAGCAGAGAAGCCAGUAUCAAAGUGAACACAGGUAACGCCAUAACAUUCGUGUUACCCAUCACGUUUAACGACUGGCAGGGAGAUCAGACAAUGUCUAAGAAUUCUGCUGGGUUGACACUGUAUUUACAUAUUUAGAAACUUGUUCAACUCAUUUCUGAUACAUGAAGGGGCUGAUUGGGAAAAUGACCAAUUCAGCUAAUUUUAUAUGAAACCCGUACUCUUCAUGCAGCUAGCCAUCCAUGUUGUGAUAAUCUUUCCAUGCUUAUACUGAUAUUAAACAUUUUAAAUCCAAGGACAUAUCGUAAAUCUUUCCAUUUUCUUUCAGUUCUGCUGCCUGCACCAGAAGCUCUGAAACUCAUCAGUGAAAAUGACCAUAUCUUACUUUAUUGGAAGAGUUUGGCUUUAAAGGAAAAGAUGUUUAAUGAAAGCAGAGUAAGUGUUUCUGGAUGAGAGUUUCUUUAUCUGUCGGCACUGUUUUCACCAUUUUUUGCCUGAUAAGGUAGUUCAGUUAAUAUAUUGGUUUCAAAGUCUGACGCCUGCAGGAAUAUUUACUAAAUUGAGAUUUCAAAGUCAUUUCAAACUGAACUGGAAAAAUUCUCCAAAUCUGCUGUGCUUGGAGUUUGGAUGUUUUUACCCAUAACCCAUACCCAUUUUACCCGCCAAUGGCUUCUGCUAAGGAGGUGUGUAGACCAUGAACAAGCAGCUUAGCUAGGAUGUCAUUAGGCACAACUUCUGCCUUAAAGGACCACUCUAGGCACCCAGACCACUUCAGCUUAAUGAAGUGGUCUGGGUGACAGGUCCUUCUAGGGUUAACCCAUUUUUUUUAUAAACAUAGCAGUUUGAGAAACUGCUAUGUUUAUGAAUGGGUUAAGCCUUCCCCCUAAUCCUCUAGUGGCUGUCUCAUUGACAGCCACUAGAGGCGCUUGCGUGCUUCUCACUGUGAUUUUCACAGUGAGAGCACGCAAGCGUCCAUAGGAAAGCAUUGUAAAUGCUUUCCUAUGCGACCGGCUGCGCGCGCAGCUCUUGCCGCGCGUGCGCAUUCAGCCCAGGAGGAGGAUCGGAGGAGGCGAGGAGGCAGAGAGCUCCCCGCCCAGCGCUGGAAAAAGGUAAGUUUUUAACACUUUCCCCUUUCCAGAGCCGGGCGGGAGGGGGUCCCUGAGGGUGGGGGCACUCUCAGGGCACUAUAGUGCCAGGAAAACGAGUAUGUUUUCCUGGCACUAUAGUGGUCCUUUAACACCACUUCAUACAUUUUUCUCCAUUCCCCACGUCGGGGUUGCUGAGCAGGGAGGCAAAUAGGCCAAUUGUGCUAUUGGCUAUUGCAAGCACCUUGAGCUUUUCAGGGAUUUGAAGUUGUUAUGGUACUUGGAGUAUGUAUGUUCAGUGCCUCCAUUUUGAAUUGCCGCACUCACAUCCUCAAAGGUCUCUCCUGUCCGAAGUGUAUCUACCCCUCAGACAGUGUCGUUAGCCAACCCAGAAUCAGAGUUCCAGGCUGGAUAAUGUUAACUAUUUGGCAUCUGUUGUCGGCACACACAGCAUGUCGCCACCAAACAACCCCUGGGACGACCCUGCACCUGCUGUGAGGAUUGAGCUGAGAGAGAACUCCGAGCAGGUCACUUCGUUACACAAUGAAAUAUAGUGAUAGACGAGGUUAACAAUUUGAUAAUUUGUAAAACUUGCCCCCAGGUCCUCCAGAGAUUGUCGUUUGUCUUUAGUUGAGAACAUUUUCAUUUAAAUCCUAGAGCAGUUUUUGGAGUUCUGAUUGAACAGCAUGUCAUCUUUUCAUGUUAUAGGGUUAUGAAAUACACAUGUUUGACAGCGCCAGUAACUUGACCACAUGCCUGGGAAAUACAACCGAUAACGUCUUCAAAAUUUCCAACUUGAAGAUGGGUCAUAAUUACACCUUCUCUGUGCAAGCUAGAUGCCUGUAUGGUGGGCAGAUCUGUGGUGAGCCAGCUGUUCUUCUCUUCAAUGAGCUCGGCGCCGGUAAGAUCUCAUUCCUAAUUCAUGCAUACCCAUAUAAACCUAUGUGGAGGGGAGGAGGAAAAAAACACACACACCUCCCACCCCACGUUGAGGUAGCUGAGUAAGCAGGAAGGAAAAUGGGACAAUUGUGCUAUUGGUUAUUAAUACAUACACACACUGGCACACAGAGAUACAAACAUACCUACACAGGCACAUACACACACUGGCACACAUACAAAUAUAUACCCACAAGCACACACUGGCACACAUAUCUACACAAACAUACAGCUACACACCCUGGCACACACACAGAUACAUACUGACACUCAGAUAUAUAUAUAUAUAUAUAUAUACACACACACACACACACACACACACACACACACACACACACACACACACACACUCACUCAGAUAUACAUACUGGUGCACAGAAAUACACAUACACACACUAACACAUCUUCACGUACACACACACACAGAUACAUACCUAAAGUUACACAUACCUAAAGAUACACAGAUACUCAUACCUAAAUGUGCACACUGGCACACACAAUUUGCAAUUUAUCACCCCUACUGCUUCCAUACCUUUUGAUUGCAGGGUGGUGACUUCCUGGGGCUGGCUUGCGCUGAUGGGAGUCUGCAGCUGACUGCCUGCUGAGCUCCCUCCUCUGUCUUUAGCAAUAAUACCCAUUGGGUAGCCCUUCAUGCAUGGGCCACGCAAUGGUCCCCCAAGCCAUGCGGGGCUCCAGGGGGACUGCUUCUGCGUUGGUUCUGCCACUGAUGGCGGUUACUCCUGCAUGCUGGAGGGUGAGAAUGGGCUGAGGGGAGGACAGGAGCUGGCUUUGGCUGUCUAGUAUCAGCAUGCUGUGCGUUCUGACGCCAGACACCAAUUCUUCACAUAAUUCACAUUGACCACCCUUGUUCCAGACUGCUAGUGACACCCCAGUGAUGCUGCCAGCAGGGAGUUACAUCUGCAGUAGAAGAGGGGUUAAUCUCCAAGUAAACAAGGUAAAUAAAUUAAAGUCCUAGUUAGGAUAGUGAUGAUGAAACGGAGUUCAAUAGCGUGGAACUUGGGUCCUAUUAUUGGUCUCUGCAGUAUAGAGGGUGAGAGGGUGAUGAUGCAGGGUGAUCCAAGAAGUUUUAAAAUGUGAAAUAGGAGAGGUCUUACUUACAGUUGGUAGAGCUUAAUCCAGCUCUGGUGUGGAUAGCUUGCAGCGGUAUUAUCCCCGCUUGUAGGAAAUACGGUGAGUAUCCUCUUCUGUGCAGUAGCAGACGGCCAGGUGGGAGAUAAAAAUGGAAACAAUAAUGGUGCAGUAUGUUCCAAAAAUUGAGUAAAAGAUGUUAAAAUAUAGUAGAUACACUCACAUUGGUUAGAGCUUCUACUAGCUCUAGUGUUGUAGGCAUACAGCGGUAUAAUCCCCGCUUCUGGGAUAUAUGAUGAGUGUUCUUAGAGAUGGUAUCAGGAGCUCAGAAAGAAGAUAAUAAAACAGCAAUAGUGCUCUCAAUAAAAUCUUUUAGGUAUAUAAAAUAUAGUAAAAUAUACUCACAGUAUAUAGGGCAGGCUAACUGCUCUAUGACAAGGACGUAGGUGGUAUGAUCCCCAUCUGGUAUUCUUUGGAGUAUAGUACAAAUUAGAUAAAAUAAAAAUAGAUAUAAAAAGCCAGGUAGUAGUAAAAAAUUAAAAAUGUAAAUAAAAGAUGAUGGUAUAAAAGAGUAAAAAGGACCAAAAUCUAUUUAUUAACAAUAAUUAAAAGCAGUACAAUAUCCAAACACGUUUCACCAUAUAGGCUUUAUCAAUGGAUUAAAAAACUUUCAACCUGGAUAGUUGGGGUACAUAUAGGCAUUGGACAAAUUAAAAUUGGCACCAAAAUUGCUCUAACCAAUCACAGAGCAGAUUAUGAUUGCACUUAAAUAAUAACAAUUUGUGUUUAAAAUUACAUAGGUAUAACUUAUUACAAAAUAUAUAAUUUAAUUAUAAAAAUGAGCGUUAUGAAGAGUGUUAUCGGCAUUUUUGCUGAGACACAUGACGCGCGACGUCACUUCCGGCCGCUCGGUGUUGUGGGGCAUGUAGUUGGAGAACUACAUGCCUUUGCUACUGGCCGGCAAGGAAAUAGAGCCACAUAAAAGGCUCGGAGGGGGGGGAGUGGCAGAGGGUCGGCUAGAGAGGUGGGAAUAGAAAAGAUAGGGGAUGGUUGCGGCGGCCAUCUUGGUGGGGGAAUAAAACUAAUAAGGCUUUGGUUAAAGGACCGCUCUAGGCACCCAGACCACUUCAGCUUAAUGAAGUGGUCUGGGUGCCAGGUCCAGCUCGGGUUAACCCAUUUUUUUUAUAAACUUAGCAGUUUCAGAGAAACUGCUAUGUUUAUAAAUGGGUUAAUCCAGCCCUCAACUCCUCUAGUGGCUGUCUCAUUGACAGCCGCUAGAGGCGCUUGAGUGAUUCUCACUGUGAAGAUCACAGUGAGAACACACAAGCGUCCAUAGGAAAGCAUUAUGAAUGCUUUCCUAUGACACCGGCUGCGCGCGAAAGGGAGGAGAGGAGGAGGAGGAUCGGAGGCGGAGAGCUCCCCGCCCGGCGCUGGAGAAAGUUAAGUUUUAACCCCUUUCCCCUCCCCAGAGCCCGGCGGGAGGGGGACCCUGAGGGUGGGGGCAUCCUCAGGGCACUAUAGUGCCAGGAAAACAAGUAUGUUUUCCUGGCACUAUAGUGGUCUUUUAACAUAGCAGCGGCCAUGUUGCAUGUGGCAGUGAAAAAUAGUGAUAUUAACCCCUUAAGGACACAACUUCUGGAAUAACAUGGAAUCAUGACGGAAUAUUUCCGUCGUGUCCUUAAGGGGUUAACAGAACAUACAUAAUGGAAUGGGAAAGAAUUAUAGUAUAUUCUAUAGAGAUUAAAAGUGUCUAUCAUACAGAUGGAAUAAGACAGGCAGCAAAUGUACAGAUAUAGCAUAGUAGCAAUUGUAAAUAAAAGCAGUAGGAACAAAUAAUAAAUGAAUAGAGUAAACAAAAUGAUUAAAAUAUGUGAACUUAUAUUGAUACAGGGGAUUGGGGGGGGAACACAAUUAAAUGAAUAAAAGAUAUAGUAGUAAAAAUAAAUAUAAAAUAAACAAAAAUAGAUAAUAAACAGAUAAAAAUAGGAUGUCAUAUAAAAUUAAAUAGAUCAAAAUCAGCAUUUAACCCCUUAAGGACACAUGACAUGUGUGACAUGUCAUGAUUCCCUUUUAUUCCAGAAGUUUGGUCCUUAUUGGGUUAAAUUAAAAACCCAUUCGAUUUCACUUUUUCCUAAAAUAUUUUUAACCCCUUAAGGACCGAGGAUGGUUCAGGACCGUCAUCGGCAUUUUCCUAUUGCCGACCGGUGACCGUCCUAACGGUCCUAGUUACUUACCUGAUCGCCGUCGUUCCCCUGGCGGUGAUCAGCGUUGCUCCCGGUGUGGGGAGACUGCCUGCAGCCCAGACAGUCUCCCCACACUGAAUUAGGACCCCUGUGGCCAUGUGAUCGCUCAACAGUAUGUGUCCAUGUGUCUGCCUGGCCUGCAGGGGGACUGUCUGUGCUGACAGGAAGUCUCCCUGCUAGUGAAAAAUCAUUAAAAAAAAUAGUUAGUGUUAAUAAAAAAAAAAAAAAAAUUGUGUGUGUGUGUAAUAUAUAUAUAUAUAUAUAUAUAUAUAUAUAUAUAUAUAUAUAUAUAUAUAUAUAUAUAUAUAUAUAUAUAUAUAUAUAUGUGUGUGUGUAUGUCUAUAUAUCAAUAUAUAUGUCUAUAUAUCAUAUAUAUAAUGUCAUACUAAGUGUAUUUUUAUAUUAUGUACAUAUAUUAAUAUAAAAAUACUUAUAAUUAAAUUACACACGUAUAUAUAAUAUAUAUAUAUAUAUAACUAUAUAUUGUAUAUAUUAUAAAAUAUAAAUAAUCUAAAUUAAAUUAAUUUUUUUUAAAUAAUAAAAAUUGAGAAAUUAUCUAUAUGAAAUUUUAUUCUAACUGUAUUUUAAAAUUAAUAUAUAUAUAUUUAAAUCAAAAUACACUUAGAAUUUGUAUAUAUAUCUAUGUAUAUAUAAAUAAAUAAAAAUAAUACAAAAUAUACAUAUGUCCAUAUACAAAAUUACAUAAAUAAUUAUAUAAAUGUACACGUAGACUUCAGAUAUAUAAAUAUGCAUAUAUAUUUAAAUUCUACGUGCGUAUUUAUGUAAUAUUUUUACAUAAUUAAGUAAUUUUAUUGAUUGCAAUUUGAGGGACCUGCCUGCCAACCCAGGCCGAAAGUCCAGAGAAUUUAAUUUGCUAGCACUGUAUUUUACCCUGUAACGUUCCACGACACCCUAAAACCUGUACAUGGGGGGGUACAGUUUUACUCUGGAGACUUCGCUGAACACAAAUAUUAGUGAUUGAAAACAGUAAAACAUAUCACAGCGAUGAUAUUGUCAGUGAAAGUGACUUUUUUUGCAUUUUUCACACACAAACUGCACUUUAAUGAUAUAAUUGUUGUGAUACAGUUUUUAAACACUAAUAUUUGUGUUCAGCGAUGUCUCCCGAGUAAAACAGUACCCCCCAUGUACAGGUUUUAUAGCAUUUUUGAAAGUUACAAGGUCAAAUAUAUGGGUCAAAUAUUUUUACAUUGAAAAUGGCCAGGUUGGUUACGUUGCCUUUGAGAGCGUAUGGUAGCCCAGGAAUGAGAAUUACCCCCAUGAUGGCAUACCAUUUGCAAAAGAAGACAACCCAAGGUAUUGCAAAUGGGGUAUGUCCAGUCUUUUUUAGUAACCACUUGGUCACAAACACUGGCCAAAAUUAGCGUUCAAUUUAGUUUUUUUACUUUUUUCCACACACAAACAAAUAUGAAUGCUUACUUUGGCCAGUGUUUUCAAAUAAGUGGCUACUAAAAAAGACUGGACAUACCCCAUAUUGAAUACCCUGGGUUGUCUACUUUAAAAAAAAUAUGUACAUGUGGGGUGUUAUUCAGAGAUUUAUGGCAGAUAAUAGUGUUACAAUGUCACUAUUGAUAAAUUUUAAAAAUGUAUGUUUUGAAACCGCAAUAUCCUAUUUGUACCUAUAGCCCUAUAACAUGCAAAAAAAAGCAUGUAAACACUGGGUAUUUUUAAACUCAGGACAAAAUUUUGAAUCUAUUUAGCAGUUUUUUUCAUUCGCUUUUGUAGAUGAGUAAAAUAUUUUUCAAGUAAAAGUCAAAAACAUGUAUUUUUUUUCAAUUUUUCAUCAUAUUUUAUUUUUUUUAAAUUAAAAUACAUGAGAUUAUAUAAAUAAUGGUAUGUAAAGAAAACUCCUUUUGUCCUGAAAAAUACAAUAUAUAAUUUGUAUGGGAACAGUAAAUGAGAGAGCAGAAAAUUACAGCCAAACACAAACACCACAAAAGUGUAAAAAUAUGCCUGGUCGCAAAUGUACAACAUCGCAAAAACAGUCCAGUCCUUAAGGGGUUAAUAUUGUCUCCUCUCCAUGGAAUAGUGCAUUUUUUAUGCCAAUACAUUUUAAAUGGCCCGGAUCAUUGUUGUGGAUAGAAAAAUGUUUAGAUACAGUCUUUUUCUCUGUCUUUUUUUUAAUCUCCAUAUGUGCAGCAUUUCAUAGCAAAAGACUGCACACACAGACUCCAGGCACCAUCUCCACUAUCACAAUGGUCAUGGAGCUUGGAAGGUCCCCUUUUACAAAGGGCAAGCUUUGGCUCAUAGAUUUGAUUUUCAUUGGCAUAGAGAGUGUUGUUUAGCUUUGUGCCCCAUCUACCAAUCGAGCUGUGGAACUAUAUAUCUAUCUAUCUCUUCUACAUGCAAGACGUGUUUCGAGUUUCCAUGUGGCGUAACCUUAAAUGUGCUAACAGUGUUUGUAGAAAACACAUAUGUAUUUAAUUCCUGGAAUAAGCUGUUGUCAUUCAUUGCUCACCUUUAACUUAAACCUUAAAACAUUCUGUUUUGCCAGCAGUGGAUCCAGCUUCACCUCAGUCCGUGCAGUCCAGUGACGUGGCCGCCAUCGUGGUACCAAUUUUGUUUCUGCUCCUAGUGUCCAUGGGUGUGGGCUUUGUCAUAUUGUACAUGCGGCACAGGAGACUUCAGAACAGCUUCACUGCAUUUGCAAACAGCCAUUAUAGCUCACGGCUUGGAUCUGCCAUCUUCUCAUCUGGCGACGAUAUCGGUAAGAAACCUUUUGUGAUUGAUAAGCCGUGCUGGAUGUCAACUUCGUAAAUGACAGCAAAAUCAAUGCAAUGCUUUUAGUUAGUGUAGUGAAUCUCUCAUUUACAGGGUUAAAAAUGUGACAUUGAUUUGCUUUGAAACCUGGGAAUGAAAGUAUUUUUAGGAGAAUUCAGAUUCGUGAAAUGUAUGCAGAAUAGAAACAUUUUUGCUUUAUUUGGGAAAAUUCUCACACACGGCCAAUACAGCUACCUGGAUGAAAGCAGCACGGAAUCCCAUGGAGUAUUCCCUGAACUUGCCUGUUUAGCAGCACUUUACUUUGAGAGCCAUGUAAGCUCCAGUUAAUUGCUGGAAGGGAAACUCGGAUUUGCAGAAGCGACAUUGAGGAGAAAUGUCUCUUCUCUUUGUGCAGACAGAGUUAUUCACUAAAAUAUGAACAGUCAAAAUUCAAAGGGAAUUUUAGAUUGUAGACAGAAAUCGCAACAACAAAAACAUUGGAUUUGAAGUAUUUUCCAUCUUGGUCUAAAAUUUGAAGUACAGUAUAUACUCGAGUAUAAGUCUAGUUUUUCAGCACAUUUUUUGUGCUUAAAAACCCCCACUCGACUUAUACUCGAGUCACUGUCUGUAUUAUGGCAACUUAGAGAGCCGCGGCCGUCAGAGCCAUGGCAACGAUCCUCGCGGCAACCAGACUGCGAGACUUACAGUGGAGGUGACCGGAACGGAGGAGAAGGGAGCUGACAGGAGCUGCAGGAAAGGUAAGUAAAUGCUUCCUGCGGGCCCCCCCACUUCACAGCCCAUGCCACUGGACCACCAGGGAUUAAGAUAGCCCUUCUCCCUGACCAGUUAACAAGCAGGGAGGGGGGACAAAAUAAAAUUAAAAUAAUAAAAAAAUAAUAAUAUUAAAAUAAAAAAAUUUAAAUAAUAAAAAUGCCCUCCCCCCACCCAGUUCACACACACUACACAAACACACACUCUGCAUUAUAUACACAGAGUGUGUGUAUAUAAUGCAGAGUGUGUUUGUAUGAGUGUGUGUGUGUGUAUAUAAUGCAGAGUGUGUGUGUAUGUGUGUGUAUAUAAUGCAUGAGUGUGUGUUUGUAUGAGUGUGUGUGUAUAUAAUUAUAAAAAUCACAGAAUUUCAUAGCCCCAAGUUUUACCCUCGACUUAUCCACGAGGCAUAGCAUAUUUCACAAUUGUUGGUCACAAAACUGCACUCGACUUAUACAUGAGAUCGACUUAUACACGAGUAUAUACGGUAUUUAAAAUUAGAAUUUCUGCCUGUUCAUACUUUGUUACAGGCUUAUUAUUUUAGGAAUAUUUUAUGGUAAGCGCUGUACAGCAGGAUAUGUGACACAGCGUAAACCCUUAUAUUGAUCUAACUGUAACGUAUCGCUGUUUUUCUAUUUGCAGGUGAUGAUGAUGAUGAUUCACCCAUGAUCACCGGAUUUUCAGACGACGUACCUAUGGUUAUAGCGUGAAUCUAAUUCAUUCUUGGGUUAAAUCCAAAUGAUGUAAUAUUUUUAUUUCUGAAAGAUAGUGUUUAUUUUUAAGGUUUCGAUUUUUUUUUUCUCUUUCCUUUUUUCUUUUUCCAGAUGCACUUUGAGUUGCAAUGUUAUUUUUAUAUCGCAAAAAAAAAAAUGCAAACUUUGUGGUACUGAACUGUGAAAUGCGAAAUUAUUCCCCCACCCCCUCCCCCCCAAACUGUAAUUUUUACUUUAAUCCUAUUUUGACCCCUUUGCCCCUGAAAUGAAAUGAAGUAUGGUUCUGAUUUUUAGUAUGGAUAUUGUACUGGUAACGUGUGCCAGUUUGGAACGGGUAACGAAAAUCCUGAAAAGACCCCAGAACAGCAGCUUUCUAUGGUGCCUUAUUGGUUUAAACCAACCAAAAACCAAGACUUGUUCAUCUCAUGGAUAGUCGAUCUGUAGAUCUAUCCCAUCUAGAACUUUCCAUUAGGUGACAGGGCCACACAAGUCCGGUCAUUUUCUAUUGUUUUGCCAAACUGCUGAUAUGAGCCACAGCCAGGGGUGGGCAAGCAUUGGCACCGGUGGGCCACUUUGGCUUCUUCAAGUGCCAGUAAUUUUGUCCCCUGCCCACUACAGAAUCUCUGCCAAAGUAUUGCUAGACUCUGUUCUCCGCAGAAAGUCAGGAUUGAAGGGAUUAAAGUCUUGCUCUGUUUUAUGUUUGUAAAAUAUCUUCCCGGCAAAAUGUUGCUUUUCUUUUUUUGCGAUUUAAGUGACAGGAUAGGAUCCUAAACUCUGUCCUGAACCAAAUAUUGUGCAGGCCUGUCAUUCUCGUCACACAUGCCCUAAGUGUGCUGGACAUGUUGCACACUUUCCAUCCCAUAACACGGUGCCUUUUUGGAUUUUAACGGUGAACCCAAGAGAAUGCGCAGACGCACAUUCUGAGAUUUGCAAUAAUUUUGGGAUAGGAGUUCUUAUUUCAGAAAUCUCUCUAACCUCUUAGUUCUUGGCCUUGAUGCUUGCUGUCAUUCUCUGAACGGUUAAUUUCUCCCAAAUAGGAAAAGAAAAAUAAGUGUGGUGUAAUAGCUCACACACCAGAAUGUGUUCUCUUGGCCUCUCAAUCCCUCAAGGUGUACUGUGCUUCAUUUACCGAGUCAUGUGGUCAGUACGUGGCACACGGAUUACCGUACAGCAGAAAUAAUCACAAGAAAUGACAAAAAAAGGCUGUCCUCUUAAUUUAUGGCUUUGUCGUGACCUUUAGUAAAAUUACAAUUCUCUAUUUUCAGUGGGUUAUAUUUGUUUGUCUUCUCCCACUUAUUAUCUGAGGAUGGUGGGAGCUGCAGUCCUCUAUGGCUGACAUGCCUGCAUUAGACCUUUAUGCAUGGAGAAUGUGUUUUUGCUUUUAAUACUUCCUGCGCAGAUGCGGACAAUAUCUGAGAAACCGCCAUAGUUCAAUCUAUAACUGUAUAGCCGCCAUGCAGAUAUGUAUACUGGGAAUAAAACGUAGUUCCGUGUAUAUGUUUAACACAUUGUAAAGCACUGUUAGUACACCAAUAAUUUAGGGUUGUUGUAUAUAAAGAUUCCAUUUUUUUUUCACUGAUUUUCUUGAAACAUGCAAAUUAAAUGAUUCACUGCACUUUGUCCAUACGCAGCUCUCGCGCUGUGAGGUCAUUACGCACAUUCUUCAGGGUUAGGCAGAUUUUUGUAAAAUUUUCAGCUGUUUCUUACAUUAUUUUGCUGGCCCUUUAUUGUCUCAGGGGCCAAAGCAUUGUCCAUCACUGAAUGGACAUGAAUGUGAAAUUUGUUCAGGACCAAACUGUUAACUCUUAGUGUCGCUUGUGUUGUGCCAUUUUGUCUGUGACUGUAAUGGAUGCAGAGUUCGAUUAGAGUGACGGCCAUGUCGUCUUUAUCUGGUUUCAAGGUCUAAUGGCAUGUGAUAUCCAUGUUGGCAAUCUACUAUCAAUAAUAAUAAUACAACCUAUAAUAUCUUUUCUUUUGCUUCUCCAGACGAAUAUGGUGUAAAUGGUACAGAAUCCCUGCUUCCUCUGCUGCUGAUUUUUAUUUUAGAUUUAGUUUUCCUCCCCCGUCUCUGGAUGUGUAAUGUCAGAUAUCUGUGUGCUUGCUCGCUCUGCUCCUGCAUGGUACUAUAACCUUGCACGUAGCUCUGAAUUGAAGCCGUGCAAGGGACGGGUUGCAGACAUGUGAGGUGAAUGCAGUACGAUGUGUUCCCCAUAAUUUCUCUACCUCUGUACAUUCUAUUCCACACAAUAUGGCUUAUUUACAGAAUUGUGAUGGGUUGGCCAGGGAAAUGUAAAUUGUAGAUUAAAAUGGCCAAAUCAGAAAAGUGUCCAAGCUAUUAUUUUUCUAUUUCAACUAUUUUGAGCUAAAAUUUGCAAUCAGGUUUUUAAUUCUCUCCAAUUUCCUUUUAGUGAAUAAAUUAACAUUUAUGAGAGAAUUUGUUUCUGUGGCUUUAAAUCCACUCUCCUUGGUAUUCUGUGGUUUUGGAUCAAACUUGCUGUCAGUCAGGCUGUGUGUCAAGCAGCCACCUAGAACUCGGCAAGUUGGGAGAGACCUGCGCACAGUCUCCAGGCCAGCCCCAGAAACACAGGGUAUUCACUGAAGUGGGAAUUGUCUGAAAUAACCAAACUGGAAAUAAUUCUUCAAAUCCCCUAUGUUUGGAGUUUGGCUAUCUUUACACUAACAUUUUAAAUCCUUCUUGGAUUGAGACUUUAGUGACUAACCCAGUUUUAAUUGUUCGCCAAGCGCUGUUUUUCAUUCUAAGUGUGCGGUGUAAUAGCAAGAAAGCCUACAGAUCCAGUUCAUUUAUUUUGUAAAUUACAAUUCAACCCAUUGGCUACCCCGGCAGCUUAGAAAACGCAAUACCCUCUCUGUCCCAUAACAGGUUAGAGGUGCAGGGCAAGUUUAUUCUAAUGAUUGUUUUUAACUGUUUUUAUAUAUUGUGGAUUUUCCGCAGAUCCAGUGAUCAACUGUUGCCAAUUGACAUUGAUUUUUGGAUGCUAAAGGGAUAUUUUAUUAAAUGUACAUGUUUGAUUACAGUGUGAAUGUUUACAUCAAACGUUUAAUGUUAAAUAAAAAUAAUCCACGGUUGAUUUUUGGGAAAAGGACAUCCAAGAAUGGAGUAAUGUAGAACUGUGGCAUUGACUUUAAAAGAAAACGGCUUUAAUUUGCCCUUUGAUAUAUUUCAGCCACGCACACGUCCACUUUCACGCAUUGCUACUGAAUUCUUUGCAGACCAAUCAUUCCGUGAUUUUUUUUCUGUGUUUUUUUGUAAAAUGUUGGGCAUUCAUGAUUUGGCAUUCAUUCUACUUUUCUCGUGUUUUGGUUGGUAUUCUCAUGUUUUAUAAGUUUGGCAUACAUGAUAAAAAUGUUGUGUUUGCACAAACCUGGAAGACAAUAUAUGCUUUAAUUGUCAACCUUUUAUUCUAUUUAAAAUAAAUUGGUUUAAAACUGAA